AUGAGCCCAUACUUGCUCUCUUUGCUUCUCGCGCUGCACCUGGCCGCGGUGGCGCUCUGUCUUUCCACGUGCAGCACGCUGGACAUGGAGCAGUUCAAGAAGAAGCGCAUCGAGGCGAUCCGGGGUCAGAUCCUGAGCAAGCUGAAGCUCAGCAGCCCCCCGCAGGACUACCCGGAGCCCGAGGACGUGUCUCGGGACGUGGUGGCCAUCUACAACAGCACACGUGAUCUCCUGCAGGAGAAGGCGAAUGAACGCGCAGCCACCUGCGAGAGGCAGCGCAGCGAGGAGGAGUACUACGCCAAAGAGGUGCAUAAGGUGGACAUGCAGCCCCCCUACCCCUCUGAAAGUAAGUCCAAGAGUGAGAGAGAGUAAAUGUGUAAGUGUUUGUGUGAGUGUGAGAGAUGCAGAGAGGACAAGGUGGACUCGCAGCUCCUCUACCCCUCUAAGUUAGAGAGAAAGAAAGAAUGGCUAAGAGUGGCAAAGAUAGACGGAGUGCACAGCGUGGGCAUGUUUGUGUAUGCAUGUGAGCGUUUGUGUGUAAAAUAAAUCAAAAUCCUUGCAUUAUUGUGUAUUUUUUACAUUAGCUGCACAAUGUUACCUCAAUAUGUUAUAUUAAUAAUAAUUUAAAAAAUAAUAAUAAUUCUUAUUUUUAUCAUUCUUAUUAUAACGUACUACUUAUUUAUUACUAUUUUUAUUGUAUUACUUUGAACAAUUAAUUCUUACUUCAGUUUGAUGAGAGAGUCCUUGUCGCAGUUACAGCCCUGUGGCCUGAGGUUAGUUCCUAUCAAAGGGUUUAAUUUGCAACACAUACAAACAUUUCACAUUCAGAUUUGCCUCUGGGAUGUCAGUGCUUGCAGACAGUGUUUCCUGUCUAUAGGCUCUGAAUGUGCUGGAGCAGUAUAAGUGAUGGACAAAUAGAUCAAAGAAUACUGAAUUUGUUAAAACAACUGAAGACAUAUGAUCGUAUGACAAUGGCAGUUUUCACCAAAAACAGAAGCCGUUCACACAUGCUUUAGGGUUAAAGCUGGGGUAGGCAGGAUCUCUGAAGUGCCAGUUUAAGGAGAAAUUUUAAAUGUAAACACUACCCUUCUCCGACAGUUUUCCCCUCAGCUCCUCUUCUCCCCUCCCUCUCUCGCUGCUCCAGCAGGCCCCGCCCACAAACAGAUGCUCGCGCUCACACCAACUCCUGGCAAUUUACUACCAGACUAGUCAAUUAUCAUUAUCAAUCACAUCAGCAAAGACUUGGAACAACUUUUGUCACAACAGAGUCAGCAGUAGUAAUGGUGCAUACAAGAUAACACACAAAAUAAAAUAUAACAAAUUUAUUGAAAAAAUUAUGUUCAAACAAUAAGUCCUCUUGGUCAGAUGUACAUCUUGUGGGACCUUUAUGGUGUUCAAACUUAAUGCUCUGGAGUUUUUGUUAUACAGCUUGCAGUACCUGAAAUGAAGAGAAGGAGGGUGUGGUAUGAAGAUAUUACUCUGUCUAAAAUAUCGAUUGUACUUAUUUAUUUAUCUGUAAACUUUCCUAGCUGCUUCAUCACUCAACAACACCACCAUGCAAGCUUUUUGAAAACAACAAUGGUGCUUCCAAUUAAAUUCAGCUAUAAUAAAGAUAAUUAUUUUAGAUAAUUACGAAUGAAGCCCAGUCAACAUUAAAGUAAAUAGCAUUGGUGCUACUGUAGAUGCCAAAAGACUACCAUGCAGACACUGGCGACUUACAAGCACCACAGCACAUUUAGAUAUUUACAGGAAAAUGAAGUUAGAAGCUUACCAGUCCAGGAGAUGAAUGGCGAGCUUGGAAUCCAGCUUGAAGCCUAUACUAUCAGUUGUCUCCAUCUCUGAAACGCUGCUCUGAUAUUUACCCAUGUUUUGUUGCAUUUAUUGUCAGAUUCUCUUUUAGACUCAUUUUUUUUUUUUUAAAGAAAAGUCCGUUUUCUGUCUUUUGGCCUGCUUUUUAGUGUAGGCAGUUGUUGCCAACACAGAAAUAGUUUUUUUUUCUCUCUGAUUAUCCGCCAUGGCGACCGAGGUUGUGUCGCGAAUGCGCAUUGGUGUUUACUUUCCUAGACUUUCUUUACUGGCCUAUGAUUGGCUGACACCACCGUCAUGGUACAGAUCUUCUCAUGCCUGUUUACAGAGCUAGGAGGAGAGGCAGAAGUGUGAUCUUCUCUCAGAUCAUUUCAAAUGCAAUACGCUGAAUGGUUAUUAUGAAUUUUUUUCAAAAUGAUAAAAAAAAUUAUUCUGCCUACUGUACCUUUAAGUAUCUGUGGUUAGGAAUCCAGCAGGACUGUGGUAUCUCCUAUCAUGGACAGAUAGAGGAAUAACAAAGAGAUACCCACAUCUGUAUGUACCCUCAAUACAUUGGUCCUAAGUACCAACUGGUGUCACCACUGUUUAGUUUAGCUGGUACAAGCCUCUAAUUACAUUUGUGCUUAAACGUUGCAAAAGAAAAUUCAUAUAAAAAACAAUGAAAAAAUUAAUGAGAACAGUAAAACAAUAGUGAAACAUUUAAAGAAGUACAAAUGUUGUGUUUGAAUGAGUGAUUCUUUGUGAGCCUGAUUGCCUGUGCUGUGCUGCGUAUGACACGUCGUGGUUAAGAAAGUCUACAGUGUCCCUUUUUUCAUGAGAUAAAGGUGAUGGUAAUCUUGUUGUUGUAGUCAAACAGUGGUAGUUUUUUAACAGUUACAUUCACUGGAGAAGCUUACAGGUGUACUGAGCAGUCAAAUUCUUACCUACAGAUAUUGAUGGGCAGUGUAAAGGGGUUGCAAUUUUUUUAAACAUUUAUUUGAAUGGACAGCUGAUAGUAUUAUAAAUUAUAUAGCCUCAUGGUCCAGAGAUCUAAAUGUAAAAUAAAUUGUGAAAAUGUAAAAACCAAAGAGAAGUAUUAAACCAGACAUGGGCAAACUACGGCCCCCGGGCCACAUACGGCCCGUUAGGCUUUUUAAUCCAGCCCGCCGAACUUGUCCAAAUUACAGUAAAAACCUCCUUCAUUUUCCCCUUUCGCUGCAAUGCCUACGUUUCCCCAAUAGAUGGCGCACUCAAAACACAUUGACCGUUGUUGGAGUGGCGCGUAUUUCUCUUUAUUUCACUUUAAUUUUCACUUCGUUUCAAGUUGCCAUUUGAGCCCUAUUGUGAAAAUGAGCGGACCAAAGAGAAGGAAAGUGGACAGCGAAUGCCGAGUGUUUAAUAAGGAGUGGACAACAAAAUACUUUUUCACUGAAGUCCGAUCAACGGCUGUAUGUCUGAUAUGCCAAGAAGCUGUUGCGGUUUUCAAAGAGUACAAUAUCAGCCGUCACUUUACCACGAAGCAUGCAAACUAUGCUAGCAAGCAGUCAACACAAGAACGGGUGGCUACUGCUCAGAGGUUGGCAGCUAAUUUACAGAGUCAACAGAACUUUUUUCACUGACAAACUGCAAUUCAAGAGUCAAGUACCAAGGCAAGUUAUUUGCUGGCAUUCAAAUUAGCAAAGGCUAGAAAGCCUUUCUCCGAAGGCGAGUUUUUGAAAGAGUGCAUGGUAGAGACAGCAGGUCUCUUGUGUCCGGAGAGCAAAGCCAAGUUUGAAAAAAUCAGUUUAGCACGCAGGACAGUGACUCGCUGCGUGGAAUUGAUUGACGAAGACUUAGUCAGCGAGUUAAACAAAAAGGCGGAGUCCUUUAAGUUAUAUUCACUAGCACUGGAUGAAAGUAACGACAUAAAAGACAGUGCUCAGCUCCUAAUUUUUAUCCGAGGGAUUAACGACAGUUUUGAGAUAACGGAGGAGCUUUUGAGCAUGGAAUCACUGAAAGGGAAAACGCGAGGAGAGGACAGGUGUCUGCUGUCAUCGAGAGAAUGAAGCUACCUUGGAGUAAACUUGCCAAUGUCACCACGGAUGGAUCGCCAAAUUUAACUGGAAAAAACGUCGGGCUGCUGAAAAGAAUCCAGGAUAAAGUGAAAGAAGAAAACCCAGACCAGGAUGUUAUUUUUCUUCACUGCAUCAUUCAUCAGGAGUCUUUGUGUAAGUCUGUAUUGCAGCUUAAUCACGUCGUGGAUCCAGUUGUAAAACUUGUUAACUUCAUACGAGCAAGGGGACUUAAUCAUCGUCAGUUCAUUACGUUCCUGGAAGAAACUGAUGCGGAUCACCAGGACCUACUUUACCACUCUCGCGUCCGCUGGUUAAGUCUUGGGAAAGUGUUUCAACGAGUCUGGGAGCUCAAAGAGGAGAUUCGCUCAUUUUUGGAGUUAAUGGGGAAAUCCGACGAAUUCCCCGAGCUGAGCGACACAAACUGGCUUUGUGACUUUGCGUUUGCUGUGGACAUAUUUUCACACAUGAAUGAGCUGAACGUGAAGCUACAGGGGAAAGAUCAGUUUGUGCACGACAUGUACACAAAUGUGAAAGCCUUCAAAUCCAAGCUGGUUUUAUUCUCCAGGCAAAUGUCAAACAAAUCUUUCGCACAUUUUCCCACACUAGCCGUGCAGAAAGAGGCCGCCCGAUGUGCGAAGAAAUACUGCAAAUCACUGGACGACCUGCACAGAGAAUUUUGCCGUCGGUUCUGUGAUUUUGAAAAAAUUGAGAAGUCACUUCAACUGGUGUCCUGGCCCCUGUCACAAGACCCCGUAUCAGCACCGCAGGAGCUGCAAUUGGAACUGAUCGAUCUUCAGUCUGACUCCGUCUCAAAGCAGAAGUUCAAGUCUCUUAAACUGAAUGACUUUUACGCUUCACUUAACGAGACCACGUUCCCAAACCUCCGGAGGACGGCACAGAAGAUGCUGGUGUUGUUUGGCUCGACCUACGUGUGUGAGCAGACGUUUAGCGUCAUGAAAAUCAACAAAGCCCAUCACAGAUCCAAGUUUACUGACCAACACCUCAGAUCUGUCCUGAGAAUUGCCACAACAAAACUAACUCCAGACUUUGAUGCACUGGCAAAAAAGGGAGACCAACAACACUGUUCCCACUGAAAUUGGUGAGUUUUUCUGCUGUGUUAUGAAAAAAUGCAUAUGGAAAGUUUGGAAGUGCGUCUUUUAAUUAAGAGCAAUGCGCAUUUACGCACAGCAGCGGUACAGUAGCUUAAUUAACACGCCGCACAUCGCUCUUAAUUUCAAUUUCAAUUUUCAGCUGCAGGUAGGAUAUUUAAUACAGCCUAUGUCUGUGUGCUUGGCAACGAUACACGUGUACUGUAAGGUGAGGGCGUCCGUGGCGAGUUUGUAGAGCGCGCGGUCAGGACAAUCCAUCCAUGAUUUUGCGGGGUUUAACACAAGUAUAUAUUAUUGAGCUUGAGUAUUUCGUUGUGUAAUAAUAUGUUUUGAAUGUUGAAAGUGAUUCCAUUUUUCAAUAAAUGUUGAUUUCUUUAACUUUGCACCUUCGAUUAAAACUUAUUAAAAACAGACGCAAUCUUGAUAAAUCACAGUGCGUAUGCUAUUUUAAUCUAUUUACAUUUCCUCCUCCCAGUAUCGUACAAAAUAGUAUGUAAACGCCAUAUCUUGCAUAUUCCUUGAGACAAACUUAUUAACUGAUAAGGGCUAUUUUUCACAUUUGAAAGACAGUUAAUAAAUUGGGUUGUAGUGUUCUUACUGUGCUAUGAGGUUUGCACACACUACAUGUAAUGCUUUAGUAUGUCCGGCCCAAACACUCCAUCCAAAUGCUCCUGGCCCGGCCCCUCUGUCAAAUUUUAGAACCCAUUGUGGCCCGUGAGUCAAAAAGGUUGGCCACCCCUGUGUUAAACAGUAAAUACAGGUGUAACAUGAAACAGCUGUGUUACAUUUUACGACAUACACAUUUCAUCCAUCUGUAAUAUUUCACCACAGCAUCUCCAUGACCCCAUAUGAUUACUUUUUUGUUUUCUUCAUAGAGUUGCUAAAGCUGUGUUUCUUCUGUCACACACUUUCCUGUCUCUUGCACCUGUUAGAGCAUUCUGAUCAUGUUUUCUUCUCUCAGUUGGUUCCAAAUUUGUGCCCACCAGCAUGCAGUGUUACAUGCGUGCAACGCAGCCAAUUGCAUGAGCCUAGUUCCUUUCACAUGCAAGCAUUAAGGGAAGCAAAAGCCAGGCCAUGGAGUGUAAUGUGUCCUUUACACACAGGUGGUUUCAGUUUUAAUCCUGUUAUGCAUGGCAUUUGUUUAUGUUGGGAUCUGUGCACACAACGGAUCUUUGUCACAUGGGGUUCAAAUAUACGCAACUUGAUGUGAGUGUCUUUAUCUGUUCACAUCAGUCUCCUCCUGGGAGAAGUUUGGCGUUGCUGUCCUCAGUCAUCUUUUCAACCACUUUAUAAACUUGCAAAACACCCCGUUGGUGGUGCAUUUAAAGGUGAGGAGAUUUGUGAUCGGUGAAAAUAGGACUCAGAUGUGUUAAAUCCACUUCAAGCCUUCUCCCCUCCUUCUCUCCAACUUGCGUGACUAGCAGGGGCUGAGAUGGGAAGGAGGUGUACUUGCGCAGGACUGCACCACUCACCAAUUUUUUAAAGUGUGCUUGGGCAGGCCCCAUCGGUGGACCUGAUUUGUGCCGUGCCUUCCUCAGUAUCCCAGAUGUAUGUAGGAAGCAAGACUAUGCAAGUCUGUCUUGAGCCAGCCUUAGUUAAUGAGGCUGCAGUGCCUUGGUGGAACAGCUUAAGGCUUAAUUGGAAGAUGGCGUAAGUGUAAGCCCAGACUUUUAACAUAAGCACAGCAUUGUUAAGCUCCCUUGAUGUAAUAUCCCUCAGCUGUAGUCUGAUGUUAUCGUUGUUGUAGAUGAGCUGUAAUCUGAUAAUAUCAUUGUUUUUGGAGAUCAAUUGUUAUUGUUGUGGAUCAGCUGUGACUAAUGUUAUUAUCGUUGUUGAUCAGCUGUAGUCUGAUGUUUUUGUUGUUGCUGUUUUGGAUCAGCUGAAGACUAGUGAUGGCGUCUGAUAAGGUGUGAGGCUCAACAUGCAGACAUUCAGAUGACAAAAGAGGGAACUCUCAACACACAUAAACACCUGCUCAGGUUUAGAUUUAAUAACUUAAUAUGUCCCCAGGGGUUAAUUAAAAAUGCAGUGAUUAAAAAAAAAGGUCAGAAGUAGCAUAAAGAAAGAGUAUAAAAAAAAACAUCUGUAUGAAAAUACCACAGUCAGUGCAAUAACUGCAUAGCUGAUACAGACAUAAAAUUAUACUAUAAUAUACUAGCACCAAGUUCGGGAAACAAGUUUGGAAAUAUAUGGAGAGCAUUAAAAAUGAGGGAAGAUGAUGUUUAAUUAACAAGGGCGAACAGUGUGUCAAAGAGCUGUAAUGGAGGAAGUAAAGAGAGUGAAGAACACAAGAACAGGUUCUGUUCAGGACCAGAAAAUUUAAAAAACAGUGGGUGUUAACCAAACAAACGCAGGCCACUUUAAGUGCGCCAUAAACUCAGGAGGUAGAGUGGUCAUCCAAUAACUGGAAGGUUGGUGGUUCGAUUCCCCCCUAUCCCUAGUCUGUCCGUUGUGUCCUUGGGCAAGACACUUGACCCACCUUGCUCCCAGUGUGUGUCCUCCACUGGUGUAUGAUUGUGAGUGAUGUGUAGUGGUGGUUGCAGAGGCCGUAGGCACAAACUGGCAGCCACGUUUCCGUCAGUCUGCCCCAGGGCAGCUGUGACUACUAAGGUAGUUUAGUACCACCAAGGUGUGACUGUGUGAGUGAGUGAAUGAAUGAUGUAUCCAAUGUAAAGUGCUUUGAGGGUCUCUGAUAAAGCACUAUAUGAAAUCUGAUGCAUUAUUAAUAUUAUUACUAUAACUAGUGUAGAAAAUGACUAAACUGGUGAACAAACUUGACAAAAACUGGUAUAAAACUGAACUGUAUGUGCUUAAGAAACUGAACUGUAAAUGCUUUAGACCCUUGAGUUUUACUGGUGUACAAACUGGAAUACAACUGGUGUAUAACAUGGACUAUAACUGGUGAAUGAACUGGACUGUAACCUUUUAGAAACCAGUGAGCAAUUACUGGUCAAUUAACUAGACAACAACUGGUCCAUGAACUGGAAGAUAACUGGUCAAUAAUCAAGACUUUAUCUGGUCCAUUAUGUGUGCUAAAACUGCUGUAUAAACUCAACCAUCACUGGUGGAUCAACAGGUCUCUCACUGGUUCAUAAACUGGACUGUAACUGCUCCAUUAACUGGCCUUUAAUGGGCCAUAAACUGGACUUUGGCUGGUCUAUAAACUUGCUAGGUAACUGGAUUUUUACUGGUUUUUAAACUGGUCUAUUACUGGCUCUGUUACUGGUCCCAGUCUUAUGAAGAGGUGACAUUAUCCAUGUCCCGAGAGCUGCAGAUAAACUUGUUAACCCCUGACUGCAGCUCUGUUUAUUUUUACACAUACACCCAUACACACACACACGGAUGCACACACACACUCACACACCUUAUUUGGUUGGGCGCCAGGAAGUCCAGGGAAGGCGUUGAUGUGGACCAGAGAGGCUGGCAGAGAGGCUGGAGUGUGUGUAUUUUUUUGUUUUUUCAAAAUUUUUUGGGGGGAUGGGGGGGUCCCUGGUAGCACAGUGGACUAUUUGAGCUAAGUCAGCAGUGUGUGUGUGUGACUGCACUGCCUUCAUGGAAAAUUCCAGCAGCAGAGUCAUUCAGACACUUCAGACAGGAGGAAGCCCCCCCCCCCCCCCAAAUCCCCACAUUCUCUCACAUACACUCUCUCUCAGCCGGGGUGUGCUGGUGAGGAGACAGCGUCUGAAAAGUUCAACAUGACAGGUCGGGGAGGAAUUCAGGCUAUGUGGCACACACACGUUACUGUGAUAUCUGUUAACAAAGUGGGGACCUGAUGAUGUCAUUGUGAUGUCAUCAUGGCUGUCAGAACAAAAAGAGCGUCUCAGUACUUUACCCUUAGCUUGAUGCAGGUCUGAAUACCUGCAGAACUACAGCCCAAGGUCCCCACAAAGAUGUGAAAACAGGAGGACAAUACACACAGCAUAUAGUUGUCAUGUCAUAGUCAGGUUCAGUCAAUCAAUCAGUUAAUCAAUAAGUAAAUCUUAAGUAGUGUAGCAUCAAUUCACUCCCAAGACGCUUAACAAAGAACCUGGUCUGGACCAGUUCCUGUUUACAAAGACCAAAUGUAAAGAGGGGAUCAGACUGAGCUCCAUCCUGUAUGAUCAGACCCACUUUCAACCGAUCUUCAACAACAUGAGUGGAACACUUUACAACAUUUACCAAGUUACAGUGGAGAGGAAGACCCUCCUUUAACAGACAGACAGAAACCUCGAGCAGAACCAGACUGAUGUUAGACAGUCAUCUGCUGAGAAGAAGCUGGGUUUAGAGAGAAAGAUGGAGAAAGAGAGAGAUGGACAGAGGAGAGACUAAUAGAGGGAGAUGAAGAAAGAGAGAGAUGGACAGAGGAGAGACUGAUAGAGGGAGUCAAAGAAAGAAACAUUCAUUUAUCUGUGGUGGCUUGCCACAAAUAGUCUAGAUUUUAUGUUUUGUGCGCUUUUUAGGACUCAGUAUGUAUAUGUACAGUAUAUGCAGCCCUGCCACUCAACAAAUUACACAUGGCCUAAAGAUGAAUAUCCCACCCACAGAUUUAUCAAAGAGGAAAGUUUUAAGUCUACUCUGAAAGUAGAGAGAGUGUCUAAACCCUAGACCUGGUCUGGUAGAUGAUUCUAGAGGAGAGGGGCCUGACCACUAAAAGCUCUACCACCCAGACCACUUUUAGAGACUUUAUUUAGAUGAGCAGGCCUGCAUGUUGAGACCUCAGUGUUCAUCUUACCAUCAUUUGGCACUAAUGUAGCUGGCAUGUAGAAGUUUAAUUGCCCUUACCUGUGAAUAGUUUUGUGUACAUUUUGUUUAGAAGGGGUGACUGGAUUGUCACUUUGUGAUUGGAUGGAGCAUAUGUAUAUCAGAACCUUUGACUGUAAAAGAUUCUUGGUCCACUCUUUUCCCCAUUAUUUUGUUAUUUCUUGAAGCAGUGUUAAAUGUCACAGCUUGGGGUACUCAGUGUCUUUGUUCUUAUUGAAAAGACCAGCAUUAAUCCCACUGAAAAAAGGAGGAGGUAAUCUGAACCUGACAGUCUGUGAAUUCACCUGUACAGAGAUAAAACUCAGAGCAUCUCCUUCACCCUGCCCACUAUGAAUGACACUUACACCACACUGACUGUGAUCACUAGUUACAGUCAACAGCUUAAAGAUGUUCUGAUGUUUGUGUUCACACGAGUAGAUGAUCCUGAAAAAUACAGAGUUUAUAGGAGAUCAGUGUGUGUUUGUGAAAGAUGGAGAGAGAGAGAGAAAGAGAGAGAGACCACCUCUGAGUCCUCAGUCCUGCUGGGUUUCUUCUUUCCUCUGUUUGUGUGAUGAGAUAAAACUCUGUAUGUGUGUGUGUGUGUGUGUGUGUGUGUGUGUGUGUGUGUGUGUGUGUGUGUGUGUGUGUGUGUGUGUGUGUGUGGUCAGCAGAGUGAAUCUCUGGAUAAUCUCCUCUGUUCUCUAAAUAAACUGAGUCGUGUGUCGGCCUUUGGUUUGUGCAGUGGAGCUUAUAAAAACACACAAAGACAGGAGUGUGCACAUACACACACAUACACACACUCAGAUCAGCAGCAGCAGCAGUACAAAUUAUUCUGGUCCCCUGGCUUUUCUGAGCCCUCUGUGGAGGUAAUUGACAGUUUUUCAGGUGACCUUAGGCCUCUUUUUUUUGAGUGAUCUGAGCCGACAGUUGUCUUAAAAGUUAAUUCAUUAACAGGCUUAAUGAAGCUGUGAGAAAACUGCCUGUCCCCUGGACUCAGGUGAGUCCUGUUAGCCCUCCAGGUGCUAAGCUAACCUUCUGUAAUGUGGGCAGUACUACAGAGUCGCUGUCUCCAGUAGUAAGAGGAAGUCAUCGGAGUGUGUCUGUCAGGGGACAUGGGUACUUCCACUUCUCUGAUUAUUAACUGAUUGACCUGAGACAGUCUGACCUUUGACCUUCAGACUGAAAGCCCACAGACAGCCAGUCAGUCAACCCCAGGGCCCAACACCCGCUUUUACCUGUUUAAAUCCACAUGAAGUGUGUGUGCCAUUCUCUUGAGUUCUGAAAACUAGCUGGGACACUCUUUUACAGCUUAGUCAUAAUAACUUUGGUGGUUUCUAUUAGAGCCCUGCAGAGUUAGAGUUGACGGUCCUAUAGGAGCUGUGCAGUCAGAUUGUCUGUGGGUCUGGGUUUAGUUUAGCUGAAGUUUGGGCUGAUGGAUGCUCUUUCUCACUCUGUUUCUGUGUAUUUGCAAACAGUCUUCAUGGUAACUGACUGUCACUCUUCAUAUCUGCUGCCAAAGUUGACUGUAGCCUGAUCCACUCUGCAUAAAUACCACCACAGCACAGCCCUGCUCAGAUACUCCUGGAAUCUCCUGGAUACUCCUGGAUUCAGUUACCAUAGAUUGAUUACAAAUUAGCACUGAGGAAACACAAAGAAAGUACAGAUCAAUAACACAAAAUCACAAAAUAAAAACAGAUAGAUUACAGUUUAAUUAGUUUUAUCUCAGACUAAUUGCUGAACAAUCAUGGAUACAUCACAGAUUGAUUUCAGAUUAAUCACUGAUUAAUUGCUAGGUAAUUACAGAUAAAUCAUGCAUUGAUCAGCUUCUAUGAAGCAGCAGCUGCACAAAGCUGUAUAUUUCCAGAUCUGGGGGUAUUAGCAGACUGACGGACCUCCUCACAGGAUUUCUGUUGCUGCUUUCUGUUCACUUACGCAAGACCUGGACCUUGCUGAAUCUGAACCAGUCAGCUGUGGACCAACAGGAUUACAUAAGAAAGAGAAGGAGGGCUGGAGAAUAGCAUGUCCUGCUGCAGCUCUGUCUGUCCAUCUGUCUGUCUGCCUGUUGUUUAUAGCUGCAGUUUGUAAGAUGAUAGUUUGACGGGACGCAGCAGGAGAAGGAGUGUCUGGGCUGAUGUUGGUUAAUCUGGGUGAUAAAUAAACCCUGGAUCUGUGGUUUUGUAAUAAAUAGAUCCUCAGUCAGUGGAUCAGAAGUGGUUUUAGCUCCUGUUAGUGAUUGGCUCUGUGUCCACAGUUGGAGCAAAGAUGUUUUUUAGCAGCUUGGACAAGUUGCAAGAUCAGAGUGUGGAAAAACAGGCAGGACGUACUGUCUGUCCAGGAUCAGAACAGCUUACAGGUGACAGAGACUCAGCCCCUAACCCUCACCUGGAAAACAGAGCCAGUGAACACCUGGUCCAUGGGGUUUUAAACACCAUCUCUAACUUUCAUUGCUGCUUCUGAAGUUACCGUCAAUCCGUCAAAAAUGAACACCAGAUAGAACUCUACAGAGUCCAUCACUCACUCUGACGUGAACCUCUAAAACUUUGAUCAAAGCAGGUCUAAGGGAGAGAAUGAGUUAUGGGAUGUUUAUCUUUGAAUUAAUAUCAGGGAUGGGCUAAAAUAUCCUGUCUUAGUUAAAGGUCUUGUACUGUGAUUAAAUUUUACAUAACAAAAGAGAAAUUACUGAUCAGUUGAUCUACUUAAAUAAAAGUAAAAAGCACCCUGUUUAAAACAUACUUACCUUAAACCUGGAGGUGUGACAUCAUGACUCGAGAUGAUAUCUGACUGAUGCACUUAGCUGAAGCAGCUGGAAAGCAGGCAGGUUCAUGACAGUAAAACAUCUGCAACAGUGAUCCAGAGGAACCUACAGCGUGAUGGAGGUCAGGAACUGCCAGAAAAGACUGUGUUACUGACUCUAAUGGGAUAUGAUAGGUUCAGAGAUAAUGAUACAGAAAGAAGUAGGAUAGAGAAGGAGGGAAAGGUGUUCAAUGUACCAGUGCCCCUGGCAGUCUUGGCCUAUAGCAGCAUAAUUAAGAGCUGGUCCAGACCUGAACCAGCUCUAACUAUAAGUUUUAUCAAAGUGUAAGUCUACUCAUAAAGGUAGAGAGAGUGUUUGCCUCCCACACCUGGACUGGUAGAGGAUUCCAGAUUAAAAGAUCCUGAUAACUGAAGGCUCUACUACCCAGACCACUUUUAGAAACUUUAGGUAUGAUAAGCAGGCCUGCAUGUUGAGACCCCAGUGCUCUGGGAGUCUCAACAUGCAAUUUAAUGGGAAGCCAGUGUAGAAAAGCUAAUUUAGGGGAGAUGUGCUCUCUUCUCUUGACUCUUGUCAGUACUUGGGCUUCAGCAAUUUGGACCAGCUGUAACCUCUGUAUACACUCCUGUCAAAUCAAUCUAACUUUCUGUAACUUCCAUCUUACCUCUGUGUAAUCCUGUUACAUCUCUACCUUCCUGUUAAAUCACUGUAACGCAUGAUUAUCUGACUGUACAUCUAUAACUUAUGUGUAACUCUCUGUUAUUUACCAGUAGCUCUUUUAUCUCAUAAAACUCUGUUACCCACCUGUAUUUCCCUGUGACCUUGCUGUAACCCCUGGUUUCCAUCCUUUACUUCUCUGUUAAAUCACUGUAACUGAUUGUGACCUCUCUGCAACUUCACUGUUACUCUCAUUUACUCCUUCUGCAACUCUGGAGAACCUCUGUAACCUCUCAGUUAACUCCCUGUGACUUUUAUGUAACUCUUUGUUACACCUCUGUUACUCUCUGUAACCUCUGAAUGUUCUUUGUUACCAAUUUUUUUACUCUUUUUUACCCCUCUGUAACUCUAUAUUACCGCUUAUAUCUUUCUGUUAAAUCACUGUCACCCUCUGUAUCUCUGUAAUCUCUCUGUUUCCUCCCUGGCGAUCUCUGUUAACUCUUUUACUCCAUGUUACCUUGGUAACAUUAUCUUGGUAACAAUCUGUUACCUCUCCGUAACUCUCUGCUACUUGUUGCUACCAUAGACUCUAUAUAGAAUGAACUGCGUCUGCCUCCUUGCUGAGUGAAGCCACCGCAAGAACAGCCACCUCUGGUGAGGGGCUGCAGUAUAGGUCAUAAAUCCCGCCUUUCUCCACCAUGGUUGCAAUGUUGAUAUGAUAGUUACUGUAAGUUACUUAGUUACUGUAAGACUUGUGAUUUGACCCAUCCACAAUUAUCAAAAUCUCAAAAAUAAACACGUUUCCCCUAAAAAGAUGUGCCUGAAUGGGCUGAUGAUCUUUAUUAGGCUUUAAAAAAAACUCAUUUCGACCCAUGUUGUACAACCAACAGCUAACCACAAAUUUUUGUUUUGGGGAAAACAGGUUAACUUACUAAGUUUCAAUUAAGGUUAAAUUACUGCAGCAUCCAAUCAGUAGUUGAUAUUUAAUAUAGAGGCUAGUUUUCCAGUUAUGACCUUCAUAAUUGCUGAUAUCACUUGUCCUCACAUGUUGCUUCUCUGGUCUUCCUCCUCUCCCUUAAAUCCUCUUGUAUCCAAGCAGUAUUAAGGGCUUUGGGCAUGGCAGACCUGAAAAUAGUUCAUGUUCGAGCGUGACUAAAUAUUUGCUUAAGAGCUCUGAAGUGGAGGAAAAAUCACACAGCUUCAGAAUAAUUUUGAUAGCUCAUUUUUCUAUAAAACACCACAGCAGCAACAAAUUUAGUGAUUGUUCCAUUACCUGACGUUUGCCUAACCUCAACAUGUAUCACUCCCUGAUGUGCAGGAGUGUGAAACGGCCUGCUCAGUGCACUAUAAUACAAUACGAUACAAUACAAUGCAAUGCAAUACAAUACAAUUCUGUACAAUACAAUAAAAUACAGUACAAUGCAAUAUAAUACAAUAUAAGAACUUUAUUGAACCCCAAAGGGAAAUUCGUUUGUCUGGAGUCUCAUGCCAUCCACUAUACAGCAGUCUGAUUGCUGAUAUUAACAAUGCAUCACAUUAUAAAGCGCUUUAUCAGAGACCCUCAAAGUGCUUUAUACUGGAUACAUCAUUCAUUCGCUCACACAGUCACACCCUGGUGGUGGUAAACUAUCUUAGCAGUCACAGCUGCCCUGGGGCAGACUGACGGAAAUGUGGCUGCCAGUUCGCGCCAACUGCCUUUUUGACCACCACCACACAACACUCACAUUGAUACACCAGUGGAGGACACGCACUGCCUCUGAUCAACCUUAAAUAAAGUUCAGCUGUUUUAGUAGGCUUUCCUGACAUUUUUGUAGCCACAUCUUCCAGCAUAAGCCAUGGUCCACAGAGAGCUUCCAAAGCAUCAGAGGUAUCUCAUUAUUCAAAGAUAGUGCUGGGCGAUAUGGAAAAAAAUGUAUAUCACGAUAUGGAUCAUUUUAUAUCACGAUAACGAUAUAUAUCACGAUAUAGCUAUGGUAUGCUUUCAGUUCUAUGAAAAAUUUAAGUGUAUACAGCUGCACUAGUACAGUGCCAGUACAAGACCAGCACUUAAAACUAGAAAAAUGAAUAAAUAAAUAUGUGGCUGAAGUGCGUUCAUGUCUGUGCUCACCCAAAGGGAUGCAACACUCACAGAAAACGCUGAUAGUGUGAGCCAAAGCACUCCAUAAAAAUAAUAAUAAUAAUAAUAAUAAUAAUAAUAAUAAUAAUAAAUUUAAAUUGUAAUGCGCUUUACAUUUAAAAAAAAUCUCAAAGUGCUACAGUACACAGUAAAAAAAGAGCAGCAACAAUAAAGAAGCAGUAGAAUGACAGUCACAGAUUGGCAUAAAAAAAGAAUUAAAAAAAAUAAAAAAUAUAGAGUUGCAAUGUAAGAGGCAAGGUAGUAAAAGCAUAAAGCAUAGAGGAAAACUAACCAAAGACUUUAUUAAAAAGGUAGGUCUUUAGGGCUCUUUUGAAGAGGUUGUUCACACUGCUAGAUGUUUCUCCUCCAAAGCUGCUCUCUGCCUCCAUCAUUGUUUACUUUACUCUUGAGGCACGUAGGAAGACCCGAGCAUGAAUCCGAGCGCUUUAUUCGCCUAUCAGGGGCAGACAGGUAAGGUGAUUUGAUUCGCCACGACUCCAGAAAUGAUUGAAAAACUACAGAAUGUCACAAAAUUACGUUUCCUCACUGCUGGCUUGAAGGGUAGAAAUGCGCAGCCGCGCUCCCAGCUGACAGGAAGUCAAACCACUGUUGUAGUUCUUUUGUGUUGCUAGCGCGGUCAAGAGUGUUGGCUCUCACUGAGAGAUGACUACAAAAAUGGACGCACCUGUUCAUCUGGUUGUUUAACACGGCUGAAAAUGAUCAUCCUUUAAUGUUGUUCCCGCUCCUGCCCACUCCCGUUGCUUUUUUUCCCGUCCCGAUCAAGGGAUUAAUUAAAAAAUGACUCCCAUCCCGUGGGAUUCCCGCGGGAAUCACGUGACCCACGGGAAUUCCCGAAAACUGUCAUCCUCUACAGGGAAGGUCCCGGAGCAGAUGAAACAGGUGCCAGAGCGGCUGAAAUAGGUCCCGGGUCCGAUCAGAAGAGGUCCCGGUGCUUGCUCCGACUUGCUCCGGCACAAAUUAAGCACUGCUUACAUGAUCCCCUCACGUAUGUAACCCAGGUAACCCCGCAUUGGCGGGAGACGCUGGACACGAAGAGGGCACGUAAAGCGGCGUCAUGUCGCAAAAUCGAAAGAGAAAUGCAAGCCUACAUGUCAACGCAUCCUUUUCUUUGUAAGAAAAUAUUGUUUUCGUUCCCGUUUGACACCAAAUACACUUACUGAAUGUGCAAUUAUUGUUGUUGUUACUAUGAAUCAUCUGAUGGCACAGGCCCUAUGGAUAAAAUACAGCCUAUCGCCCGAAACGAUAAAAAUAAAAAUGGCAUGAUAGACAUUUUCUAUCGUGCCCACGAUAUCUAUCGUCCUAUCGCCCAGCACUAUUCAAAGAUAUCAGUCAGGUGAGGGCUACGAAAGAAUUUCCAAGGAAUUAAAUAUACCAUGGAACACAGUGAAGCUCAUCAUCAUCAAGUGGAGAAAAUAUGGCACAACGGUGAUAUUACCAAGAACAGGACGUCCGUCCAAAAUUGAUGAUAAGACAAGAAGAAAACUGGUCAGGGAGGCUACCAAGAGGCCGACAGCAACACUGAAGGAGCUGCAGGAAUUUCUGGCAAGUACUGGCUGUGUAGUACAUGUGACAACAAUCUGCCGCUGUCUUCAUUUGUCUGGGCUAUGGGGUAGGGUGGCAAGACAGAAGCCUUAUCUUACAAAGAAUAACACCAAAGCCCUGCUUAAUUUUGCAAAAGACAUCUAAAAAUAAAGACAUCAGGAGGUGUUAUCGUGGUUGCCAUGCUGGUGUAAUGGUGAAGGCAAAGCUGAAUGCAAGGAGGUGGCGAUAUAAACCCUUUCUUCCAUCAAUCAUCAUGGGAAACGUCAACUCUCUGCCCAACAAAAGCGAUGAGCUGGAGAUAUUCGUGAAGACUGAGAAAGCAUACCGUGAGUGCAGUUUCCUAUGUUUUACUGAAACCAGGUUGAAUCAAAACAACUUGGACUCCAGUGUGGAUCUACCUAGGUUCGCUCUCAUAAGGUCAGAUAGAGAUGCUCAAGCUAGUGGCAAGAAGAAAGGAGGAGGUCUGGCUUUAUUUGUCAACCAGAGAUGGUGUAACCCUUCACACAUAACUGUCAAGGAGAAGUUGUGUUGUCCAGAUAUUGAACUGUUGGCAGUUGCUCUUCGGCCAUAUUAUGUUCCAAGAGAAUUUAGUCAUAUCGUAACAGUAGUUGUUUACAUUCCACCCAAAUCAACUGAAGAAUGUUGCAAUGUUUUGCUAAAUAGUGUUGCCAGGCUACAGACUCAACACCCUGAGGCACUAAUAAUAAUAUCAGGAGACUUCAACCAUGUCACCCUCUCCUCUCACCUGACUGGAUUCACGUAGUUUGUGAACUGUCCUACCAGAGAAAACAAGACCCUGGAUCUGCUGUAUGCCAACGUCAAAGAAGCCUACAGAGCCACUGCCUUACCACCACGGGGCAAGUGAGAUCAUAACUUGGUCUAUCUGCAAAUCUGUUACAGACAUUGUGUGCUGAGGCAGCCUGUGACCAAAGUCAAAAUCAGAAGAUGGACACCUCAAGCCAGUGAAGCUCUGAGGGACUGUUUUAAAUCAACAGACUGGAAUGUGCUGCAGGACACAGAUGUGGAUAGUAUGAACAUUGAUUAACAGGUCAACUGCUUUACUGAAUAUGUCAACUCCUGUAGAGACACAGUUAUACCCACAAAAACUGUUCGCUGUUUCCCCAACAACAAACCCUGGAUCACAAGAGACAUAAAAGCAAUCCUUAACCAGAAAAAGAAAGCUUUUAAAGAUGGUGACAAAGAACGACUCAAACAAGUGCAACAAGAGUUGAAAAGGAGACUGAAGAUGGCAAAGCUGGAGUACAAAAAGACGAUAGAAAAGGAUCUACAACACAGCAACAUCUGUGAAGUGUGGAGAGGAAUCAGUACCAUCUCUGGACACAGCAACAAGAAGAAAAGACAGCCAGUGGUGGAUGAUGUGGAAAGAGCUGAAGAACUCAACCUGUUCUUCAACAGAUUUGACACUGCUGUCACACCCACUUCCACUGCUACUCCACCUUCCUCUCUGCAACAAAUCUCCACUACAACUUCUCCCAUUCCUCCUCCAUCUUCAAGAGUCGGGGUGUCAUCCUUGACAGUACUCUUUCCUUCAAAUCCCACAUCAGCCUUACCACUCGGACUGCCUACUUCCACCUCCGCCACAUCAAUCGUCUCCGUCCCUCCCUCUCCCCCAACACCACCUCCAUCCUCGUCCACAGUCUCGUCACCUCCCGUCUGGACUACUGCAACUCCCUCCUCUUCGGUCUCCCUCACACAUCUCUCCAUAAACUUCAACUGGUCCACAACUCCGCUACCCGGAUCAUCACCAAAACCCCUUCAUCCCACCACAUCACCCCCAUCCUGCAGCAGCUCUACUGGCUCCCGAUCCCACUUAGAAUCCAGUUCAAAAUCCUCCUGUAUACCUUUAAAGCCAUCCACAACCUCGCCCCUCCUACCUGUUUGAUCUCCUCCACAUCGCCACUCCAUCACGCCGCCUCCGAUCCUCUUCCUCUCUCCACCUCACUGUGCCCCCUGUUCACCUCAGCACCAUGGGGGCCAGAGCUUUUAGUCGCUCUGCCCCCCGACUCUGGAACUCUUUACCAUCACACAUCCGCAACAUAGACUCCCUCCCCCUCUUCUAAUCCAAACUCAAGACACACCUGUUUAAACUGGCCUAUCCAUCCCACCACCCCAACUCACUUUUUUAAUUUAAUUUUAAUUGGUAUUAUUUAUUUCUUUAUUUAUUCCUUUGCUGUUGAAUGUUUUAAUGUUGCUUUGUUAAUUUUAACUGUUUUGAUGAUCGAUGACUUUAAUUGUUAAUAGUGUUUUAUUAUUGUUUCUUAUGUUCUGUAAAGUGUCUUUGAGUGACGUGAAAGGCGCUUCGAUUAAAAUGUAUUGUUAUUGUUCAAAUGUCUCAACCACUUCAACUGCCUCCCUCCUAGAACACCGGUCCUUGUCUGUCACUGAAACAGGGGUGAGGAUGGAGCUUGGAAGACUUUGUCCUGGGAAGGCAGCUGGUCCAGAUGGUGUGUGUCCAAGGCUGCUUAGAGACUGUGCUGCAGAACUGUGUCAACCUCUCCACAAGAUCUUCAACCUGAGUCUACAGCUGGGGUGGGUACCUGCUCUGUGGAAAACAUCCUGCCUUGUGCCAGUACCAAAAACAAAAUGUCCUGCUGAACUCAAUGACUACAGACCAGUGGCCCUCACUUGACACAUCAUGAAAACCCUGGAGCGGCUGAUUCUACACCCUCUGAGGUCUGAGGUCAAAGACAAACUCGACUCCCUGCAGUUUGCAUACAAAGAACACAUUGGAGUAGAUGAUGCUGUCCUCUACAUGCUUCACUGUGCCCUGUCUCAUCUGGAGGAAGCUGGGGUUUAUGUGAGGAUCAUGUUCUUCGACUUUUCAAGUGCAUUCAACACCAUCCAACCCACCAUACUCAAAGACAAGCUCACAGAGAUGGGAGCGGAUCCUUCCUGUGUUUUCUGGAUCAGAGAUUACCUGACAGGAAGGCCACAGUUUGUCAGGCUGGGAACUGUGUUUCUGGGACAUUAGUGAGCAGUACAGGGGCUCCACAAGGGACAGUGCUGGUGCCAUUCCUGUUCACACUGUAUACGUCAGACUUCAAAUACAGCACUAAGUCCUGCCACAUCCAGAAAUACUCAGAUGACACCGCUAUUGUGGCAUGUAGAAGCUGAAUACAGAGAUCUAAUAAGAGCCUUCAGUGACUGGAGUCACAAAAACUGCCUCCUCCUCAACACCUCAAAGACAAAGGAGAUGGUCAUAGACUUCCAUAGAUCCAAACCCCCUCUUCAGCCAGUGAACACCUGUGGAGUGGACAUCGAAGUGGUGACAUCAUAGAAACACCUAGGUGUACAUCUGGAUAAUAAGUUGGACUGGUCUAAGAAUAUAGACUUCAUCUACAGAAAGGGGCAGAGCCGCCUUUUUUGCCUGAGAAGACUUUGAUCAAUAGACAUCUGUAGUAAAGUGCUGCGGAUGUUUUAUCAGUCUGUGGUGGCAAGUGUUCUGUUCUACGCUGCAGUCUGCUGGGGAGGAAGCAUCAAACAUAAAGAUGCAAGACGUCUUAACAAACUGGUGAAAAGGCUGGCUCUGUGGUUGGACUCAAGCUGGACUCAGUGGAGGAUGUGGUGGAGAGAUCUACACUGAGGAAGGUGGAGACUAUUCUAAAGAACAUGGAUUACUCACUUCAUAACACCUUGGUGGACUUAAGGGCCAAUGGUGGUGGACGGCUCCUCUCUCUUCGCUGCAGGACAGAAAGAUUCCGAAGAUCUUUUGUACCAACAGCCAUCAGGCUUUAUAGCUCUUACGUAAAUCAUAGAUAACUUUUAUAGACAUAUUUUGGGAGACAACAGACAAUUGAAUUUCCCUUCGGGGAUCAAUAAAGUUCUUCUUAUUCUUCUUAUUCUUAUCUUUCCUCUGUCUCUCCUGCUUCUCCUCUUAUAGUUUUUUUUUAACAGUCCUUAAAUUUAAAUCAUGGGUUUUCCUCAAGGUACUCCAACAAAAAUAGAAAGUUGGUGAUAAGUUGGCUGGCUGGUUCACAGGUUUGUCUGCUUGUUGAUAUGUUGGGUGAUUGGUUAUUAUUUUUUUGCCUUUGAUUCAUUGAUUGGUGGUUGGUUGGAUGGUACGUGGACUGGUUAGUUGGUGGAUUAGAAGUUGAUUGGUUAGUUAGUUGGUUGGUUAAUAAAUUAAUUAAUUAUUGGUUGAUUAGUCAGGUGGUUAGUUGGUCGGUUAAUAAUGGUUGAUUAGUUGGUUGGUUGGUUGGUUGGUUGGUUAAGUAACAGUUGAUUAGUCAGAUGAUUGGUUGGUUGGUUAAUUAAUGGUUGAUUAGUCAGCUGGUUGGUCGGUUGAAUGUUGUUUUGUGGUAGUUGAUUGGUUGGUUUGUUGAUCGAAUAAGUAAUGGUUUGUGUAAUUGCCUUGCAGGCUGUCAGAUUUGGGCUCUUCAUAGCUGUUUAGAUAUUUGUUUUGCGUAGGUCAUCUGAGAAAUGACCCUGGACUAAUUUGGAUGGACUGCUUUUACCUAAACAAGGGCAUGGCCAAUUUUUUAAGUGGGGAGAGAUGUUUGACAUGUCUCCAUACAGACAUGGGGCUCUAUUUUCGUGCCUCGCCGGAAACGUGCCGCAGGCUGUCUCUGUUCUCCGAAUUGAUCAAGUCAGGUCCGCUGCGUCGACAAGGCGUUCCCAAGCACAUUUUGGUAUUUUGGUGAGCGGCGCAGCCCGGCGUACGUAUCCCCCCUCCCUAACUCAGCUCCUCCCAGCGGCGUAAGUCAUAGAGAGGGAGGAGAGAGGGCGUGGAGUGGGUUUAACACAGCCUAGACCUGUUUUCACCAAUCACACCAGCUCCUCUCCUUGCCUUUAAAUCCGCCACCGGCGAGGCGUAUUACUAUUUUCGUGAAGUAGUCAAAGAGAUCAAGAGAUGUCUGAAGACAGUAAUGCCACACGAUGGCGACAGAAGGCAGCCCCUCAACAAGUGUCACUGUAAGCACUGCAUUUGGCGUCCUCCACACUCUCUCAUAUAAGCACAGAUGGAUUUGGUGUGUGUAAUGUUGGACCCACUGGUAAGACAAACACCCUUUUCCACAAAUAAAGACACUCACAUAAAGUUGCAUAUAUUCAAACCUCACUUAAAAAACUCCAAAAAUGGCAUUAAAAUCGGAACCGUCAGUGCGUAAAUGACACAUCGCGCUCCUUAGCCUGGCAGUUUCUUUCAUAGAUGUUGGCAUAUAAAAUAAAUUUGGCUCACAAAACUGAAUAUUAUAAUAUCCGUAUGUCGGCUUAAAGUAAAUAACUCAUCUGAUCACUGAAACAAAUCAUCUGUUCAGCCGCUGCAGCAGGACGGAGAGAGGACACGGAGACAUGUCCAGGUCGAGCUGCGUGAGAAAUAAGAGGAAGAGGAAGAAACAAAAGGAGGGAGACAAAUUGAAUAUCUUGUUAACUUCAUCAUAUGUGUUUAUUUACUAGAUAUUUACUUUAAUUUAAUGCGGUUUCAGCUGUGUUUAUUCGGUCAGGUUGUGUGUCCAAACACGUGCCAAACGGGCUCAUCAGAUCAGAUAUAGAUCAGAAUAUAUAGCUCUAAAUGUAUGUGCUGACUCAGAUUAUUAGUUGUUGAUGAUUAUUUAUUGCACUGAAAUGUGUCUGACACUGUGGAAACCUGCCGGUGAGGCAUCGGUGAUGUAUGCCGAUACGCUGCCGGUCUACCAAAAUACUAUGUAGCGGUUGAAAUGAGCCUCACACGGUCGCACCAAAAUAUAUGUAGCGAUUUGAAAUGAGCCUCACAAGGCCACACCAAAAUAAUACUGUAGCGAUUGGAAUUUAUAAUAAAUGUCUGAAGAUGAAUAAUCUCAAAUUAUGACAUUUAUGCACUCGUUGAAAGGGGCACCACCCACCCUUAAUGGUGGGAAAAUAAAGAAAACAAAAGUUUAAUUCAGAAAUCAAACAUCAAGUCAGUUUUAAUUAAUCAGUCUCAUAUCUUAAGUCGAAAUUCUAAUUUCAGGGACUCCACUUCUGGAAGAACACUAACAGACAGGAACUUAGAAAAAUAAUUAUCUGUUUAUUACAGGAUAAAUGAUGGUACAACACACAUGCAAUAAAUGAUGAUAAGAUAAUGAGGAUAAAAUAAUAAUAGGUGAAUAAAUAAAGAUUCUGAGUCAGGCUAGGAGCACUAAAGUUAAUGAUAGUGAGUGAAUAUGCGCUAACAUAUUAACCUACACUAACUUUGGUGUCGAGAUAAACUCGGAUGUGGAUUUGGAGGAAUCUAAGAUUACCAGAAUAAGAGGAUAUCUGAGUUGAACGCAGGAGACAGCACCAGCCCUCUUUAGAGCUCUGGAGGUUUGCAUACUUAAGUGAGACUGGUCCUUGGAGAAGAUGGAGCAGGUUCCGAAGGUCCGGGCUACUGGCGGUUCGAGCGGUUCAGCUCAGAAGACGACUGAAGUCAGCCGAAGGAUGAGCCAGGAGUUGCAGCACUCGGGCCCGAAGCAAAGCCAGCGCCUGUGGAUCCUGUGGAUGCUCGUUUGGGUACUUCUUUGGUCUCACUUAAAAACUCUGGCACAGAGGAUGACCUGGGCCUGCUGGGUUGCGUUCAGAGGUGACUUUGAAUCACGCAGAAAACUCAGAAAAACGAGACCCGAGCAGAGAAAACUUUCAAAAAUGGCUUCGCGAAAUUAAAGAAAAAUCAAUCAAAGGCUUAAUCUUGAAUUGCUAUGUGCACAAAAAGUUGAAGUUUCAAAACUUGAACUAAGACGAUGUUAAAGAAAAAUCAACGUGAAUCAACACGUGGCGUAAAACUUAGAAGACUAAGAAAAAGUUCUAAGAGAAAACAGAGAAACGCACCACAGAAGGGUGUGGGCAGAAGAGAGGGUAAAAGAGUCUAGAGAGAAUAAGAGUGAACAAGAGCAUAAGAGAUAAGACAGUGAGCAACCCCACUCCACUGGUUUUAUCUUCUCACACUGGGAGUGUCUGAGGAGAAAGAGGAGGGGGUCAUCGGGUCUCUGAUUAUUUGAUCUAACUUAUUCUUUUGGCUGGUAAAAGAGUCAGAUCUGAUACUCACUCACUAUGAUUAAUAUCAUUGAAUGCUUGGUUUCAUGAUAAAUAAUUAGAUACUAAACACAUAUGAAUGAAGUGUAGGAUCACAUCAAACAUUCUCAUUAUGUUUUAAGUAUCACAUUGAACAUGCUAAAUUACUCUGAAAUGAAACAGAUAGUAACACAUGGAAACUGUGAACAACAAAAGAGUAAACACAUGUGAAUGAACAUCAUCAUGAUUAAUAAUGGAUUCUAAAUACUCACAUUCAGAUUAUUCAAUGACAUUAUAACCACCUAAUGGUUAAGAUACUAAAUAAAUAACUAAAAUAUAAACCAAACAUUUUUAAACUAUUUCUGUGUUCUUAGAGUUAAGUUAUGAUCCAUAGUCAAUAAAUUUAACUCUUAAAAGUUCAUGAAACAGUCUGAAAAGCUGUUGGUCUAAAGAAACUAAAGAAUAAAGGAUUUAUUCUGUCAGUGAUAACUCGGCUUCUGUAGCACAUAGAAAAACAGGAAACAUCUCAUUUUAACACAAAUUUCAUGAUUAGACAGAUUAGUACAUUGCUGAAUGCAUAAGAUGUCAGGAUCAGUCAUUUGUAUUCUUUCACCAAAGGAAUGUAGUCUUUAUCAGUGUAUGGUCGAGCAGGGUUUUAUGACCGAGGUCUGGAGGUCAGUGUCCCCCCUUAUCCUGGGGUCCGUAUGUUCACACACUUUAAGAAGGUAAAUCUCAAAUGGGAGAUCUGGGUUGAGAUGUCAAUGUUUAUUUAGAUGGUCAGUGAUGGAGUCAGUUUAAAAGGCAAUAAAAACUCUGUCUCUGUUCUCCGAAUUGACCAAUCGUGAAGAGUCAGAAGUUUGGUCAACCUCCGGUUGGGUCACUUAGGCAACCCGAAAGUGCAAACAUGUCUGGAAAGAUUUAUAUCCUGUGUCCUGGGACCAGAUAAGGGAACUUUCCUGUGAGGAGUGCGUGGGCUUCACAUCCAGGGUUGUCUUGAUUGCUACAACUACUAGACCAGCUGCGCGCCGCCUGCGCUGAAAGCUGACCAGGUUUGAAUCGGCGAGCUUUCAGCGCACUUUACACGCCACUGGCGAGCACGAAAAUGCCACUGCGGCAGCUGAUUCUCUCGACACUUCCCCCUGCCACGGCACCACGCCCAGCUUGGCGGAUCUCGGUUCGCCUCCGUGCGCCUCAGUCCACGAAAAUACAACUGCGCGGGGUACGCCGCCUCACCGGCGUACACAAAAAUAGAGCCCAUGGAGUCAACAUAAAGCAGCUGACCAGCUGGUUUCAGCCUUAUGUCCAUUGAUCCCAGUGAAAACAGAAAGUUGAUUGUAGUUUAUUUUAAGGAAGAAAACUAACAGAUAAAAGAAAAAGCAAACUGAAAGAUAUAAAUAGCAUGAUUAUCAGUCAGAUAUGAAAUGAAAUCUUUGCAUCAGACUGUAUAGCAUGAGUUGGUAUUACUAUUUAACAUAUCAAAAAAUACAUCUCACAGUAGACCUUCAGAGGAGUAAUCCCCAUCUCCUCUCCUCUCUCCCCUGUCCUCUCCCCUUUCUUGCUUCUGUCCUCUCUUCUGUCCCCUGUCCUCUUCCUCUCUCUCCCCUUUGUCUUUUCCCCUUGCCCCUUUCUCCCCUGUCCUCUUUCUUUUCUCUCCCCUGUCCUCUCCCCCUUCUCUCCUCUGACCUCUUCCCUCUCUCCCCUGUCCACUCCCCUUGCCCCUCUCUCUCCUAUCCUCUCCCCUUGCCACUCUCUCCCUUGUCUCCCCCACAGCCCCCCUCCCCCCACCCUCUCUCCCGUGUGAGGAGCAUCUCUCCCAGUCGUGAGCAAUCUGAAAGUAGGUCAAAUAGUUUCCCUGUAGAGGAUCCAGCUCUUCGUCUGACUUUCCAUUCCCACAUGCUCGGAGUGAAUCUUCUGCUCUGGAAGUUUGCAUCUGCUCAUAAGGCAGGGACUUAAACCUGCUCACAGACUCUCAAUAUAAAAAUAUACUAAUAUAAGUCUGUACUUAUCAUGCACAGACUGAGUACAAAAAAAAUGUCUAUAUUCAUACAUUUUCAUUUAAUCAGAACACUUACAGUAUUUAUACAUUCUGUUAGAAAGACAGAAACACAGCAAAGAAAAUGAAAAAAAAAACACUAAUAUGAUCCAUGUAUACAUCUUUAUGUAAAGAGAGACUCUGCAGAGAGUAAUGCAAUAAAAACCAGAAAAAUGAUUCACGUUUUAGUCAAAUGUUGGUGUGAAUGAAAUGUGAUACGAAAAAUAAUGAAGAGAGUAGUAAAAGUAAUAAUGAUUAAAAGGAUGAUGAUUUGCAUGAUGGUAUUUAUGUAAGUCAGCCAUCCCCAAAUGGCGAUGCGCAGGCCGAAUCCAGCCUGCAAGAAGCAGUUUUCUGGCCCACAAUGACCUGUGUAAUGUUUAAUAAACUGAAAUGUAUGAAAUAAAUGGGAUGAUACAAAGCGCAAGUUGCAAUGUAUCUUGACCUCAUGGCGCCCCUUACUCUUAAAGUUAACUGGAUACCUGCUCUAUCAUGGUAAUUACGCACUCCUUCGAUGCUCCAGUUGGCUCAGCAAAUACAGUAGGCAAGCUAAUGGUGAGCGUCAGGUAAUCUGGAACGGCUCUUAAAAAAGGGCCAAAAUAACAACAUGGCCAGCUCAAAGAAGCACAAAGUCAACCAGCAAAACGGACAGGUUAAAUCUGAGUGGACUCAGCAGUUCUGUUUUAUUUGGCAAGAGCCAAUGUCAGACUAGCAUGCUUGACAUGCACCCAGACCAUGGACCAAAACUGAGAACCUGAAGGGACACUUUAACACUCUGCAUGCAAUGCCCUGUAUCCUGCAAAAUUCCAUAACCACAAACAAAAGGUUGCACAUAUGAUAACAACAUACAAGCAGUCUGCCCUGACUAUGUGCAAAUUGACAUUGGCACAAGAGAGCACAACAGCUGUAUCACUGCUUCUCCCAUGGAAUGUAGCCAAGGCUAAAAUGCCCUUUGUUAAUGCUGAGCUAAUUUAAAACUGUGCAACUGAUAUGGUCUCAGAAGUUUUCAGCCACGAUGAGAAAAACAAGAAGACGGCUGUGAAGCUAUUGAAGCUGAUUCCCCUGCCGGACAACACAGCAACAAGAAGAGUGGAGGUUUUAGCUGAGGAGUUUUUUCCCAAUCUGCUCACUGAUUUGAAGGAAACAGAAGCUUUUUCACCAGCCAUAGACUCCUCUUGUAACAAUACAGCCAUCUGUGUUUACAAGGUUUUUUUGAUGGACAGGUGUUUCAGGAAGAGCUGCUUUGUUUGCUUCCUCUGCCAGGGUUCACAACAGGGGGAAUUGUCUUUAAUGAACUGACACAGUUCUUUGAGAAAACGGCACAUAUAUGAGCAAAAUUGUAUCCAUUGUCACAGAUCGGUCUCCAUUAAUGGCGGGACAACACAGGGGCUUGGUGAGCAGGCUUGUCACCGUUAAACCAGGACUCACGGCAUUCCAUUGCUUUUUUCACCAAUCAGCACUUAGUGGAGAAAUGAAGAAGACAAUGGAUACUGUGAUGACACUGAUCAACUUUGUUCCAGCCCACAACAUUGUCUUUUCAGAGCUUUGCCGGAGGAAAUGUCAGCGGAACGCACAGAUCUUUUUGCUCCAUAAUGUUGUUUGCUGGCUGAGCAACGGGCCGUGCGCUGGAGCAGGUUUGUGACCUACGCAGUGAACAAAUUUGUUUUUGAUCCAACCUGCAGAGCCCCUGAGCAGUGGAAUUUCUGCAUUAUCUAAGCAACAACAAAAGUAUUGUGUAUGUUUUUUUUGUUUUUUUUUUCUGUAUGACAUUAUAUCUCAUCCUAAUCUACUCAACCUUCAACAACAGGGGAGAACCACAUGGUUCCAGACUUGUAUGAGGUGAUUGGUGCUUCAGAUUGAAACAUGGCAUUUUGGAGAAAGACAUUCAGGGAAGUAAGUUAGAUUUCCCACAUCUAGAGAGGCACUGUGAGGAGCACAACCUGUGGGAGAACCCAGCAGUGAAGGAUUUUCUGACCAGCCUGGCAGAGAACUUCAGGGAAUAUUUUGGAAACCCCUCUAAACUCCCUGCUGAUCCUCUGCUCUGUCUGAGACAUCCAUUCACUGUCUCUGUGGACAGCCAGCGGACUGCAGAGGCCAAGAGACUGAUGCCUACUACCUACGAGGCAGCUUUCCAGAUGUAGAUCAAGGAGAUGAAAGCAAAAACACAAGGACAGCAGGGUAGGACUUUUGGACCAAAGUGGUCCCCCAAAAUUUGUUUAAAAACACAAGAGCUGUCGCAUUGAUCCUGCUCACAAUGUGAAAUAGAUUGACCAACGCACAUCUGGAGCAGUGUCUCAGGAUUGCAACAGUGUUAGGGUUAAAGCAGUUUUGUUUAAUCUUCUGUGUGUAUUUGUAUUUUGGUGGAUUUGAUGGUUCUUUUUUUUGCUCUCCCGGUUGUGUUUUGUGCUUAUGUAUGGUACACUUUCAGUUAACAUGAUUCUAUAAAGCCUAGUUUUUAUUUCAGUGAACCAUGAUAUUUUUGACAUUUUAGAAUAACUGUGGUGUGAAUUGUCACAGUAUGAUUAUUGUUGAGAGCUCCAUAAAUACAGGCUGUUAAAUAUAAAGUCAUGCAGUAAAAUGAGUUUAUGAUGCUGAUACCUGCUUGGCGUCAUUCACAGCGACAUGAGCAGUAAAUGAGCCGGAAUAUUACAUAACGCUGAUCACCAGACUACCUUUGGUUUAUGACAACCCUGUCUUUGAUUUUCAAGAGGUCUGUUCAAGACCAAAUUCAUCCAUCACUCAUUGAGCUCUCUCUCUCUCUCUCUCUCUCUCUCUCUGUCUCUGUCUCUCUCUGUCUCUCUCUCUCUCCCUCUCUCCUUCUGCAGAUGUCAUCUCUCCAACUCAUUUAAACCCGUAUUUUCGGCGUUUGACAUUCGACGUGUCCUCGUUGGAGAAGAAUGCCUCUAACCUGGUGAAAGCAGAGCUUAGGAUCUUCAGACUGCAGAACCCUGGAGCUCGGGUGUCAGAGCAGCGGAUCGAGCUGUACCAGGUAUGCACCUCACCUGAGGACACACACCAGCUCUGAGCAAACACCAUGAACCCAUUAACACAGUGAGAGGCACAAAGAAGCAGAGGAGAAAAAAGAGGGAGACAUGAUGGGCUCCAGUUUCUUGCCCGCCAGUGGCACAGCACAGGAUGGCACACCCUGCGCAGUAGUAUUUUAGUGCAGCACAGGCUAGGGCACAGCUAGUUUGGUAUUUUUGUUGACCAAGGCGCACCAGGAGUGCCAAGCUGGGCGUGGCGGUGCAGAAGGGGGAGGUAUCAAAAGAAAGGUAACUUUGUCACAUGGAUUUUAAUACAAAACCCAAUUCCACUGAAGUUGGGAUAUUGUGAUAAAGUAAAUAAAAAGCAGAAUACAAAGAUUUGCAAAUCCGUGUCAACCUAUAUUCAAUUAAAUACACUACAAAGACACAAUAUUUAAUGUUCAAACUCAUAAACUUUUUUUUUUUUGCAAAUAAUAAUUAACUCACAAUUUCAUGGCAGCAAUACGUGACAAAGAAGUUGGGAAAGGUGGCAAAAAAUGCUGAGAAAUCUGAGGAACGACAUCAAACACCUAUUUGGAACAUCCCAAAGGUGAGCAGGCUAAUUGGGAACUAUGAAAUCAGCUUCCCCAAAAACAACGUUUCUCAAAGUACAAUUGCAAGGAAUUUAGAGAUUUCAACAUCUACGGUCCAUAAUAUCAUCAAAAGGUUCAGAGAAUCUGGAGAAACAUAAUCUGCACAAAAGCGGCACAGCCAGAAACCAACAUUGAAUGCCCGUGACCUUCGAUCCCUCAGGCGGCACUGUAUCAAAAAUCUACGUCAAUGUGUAAAGGAUAUCUCCACAUGGGCUCAGGAACACUUCAGAAAACCACUGUCAAUAAAUGCAGUUCGUCGCUACAUCUGUAAGUGCAAGUUAAAACUCUACUAUGCAAAGCAAAAGCCAUUUAUCAAGAACAUCCAGAAACGCCGCCGGCUUCUCUGGGCCCAAGCUCAUCUAAGAUGGACUGAUUCAAGUGGAAAAGUGUUCUGUGGUCUGACCAGUCCACAUUUCAAAUUGUUUUUGGAAAUAGUGGACGUCGUGUCCUCCGGGCCAAAGAGGAAAAGAACCAUCCUGACUGUUAUCGACGCAAAGUUCAAAAGCCAGCAUCUGUGAUGGUAUGGGGGUGCAUUAGUGCCCAAGGCAUGGGUAACUUACACAUCUGGGAAGGCAACAUGAAUGCUGAAAGGUACAUACAGGUUUUGGAGCACAUAUGCUGCUAUCCAAGCAACGUCUUUUUCAUGGACGCCCCUGCUUAUUUCAGCAAGACAAUGCCAAGCCACAUUCUGCACGUGUUACAACAGCGUGGCUUCAUAGUAAAAGAGUGUGGGUACUCGACUGGCCUGCCUGCAGUCCAGACCUGUCUCCCAUAAGAAAUGUGGCACAUUAUGAAGCGUAAAAUAUGACAACGGAGACCCUGAACUUUUGAACAACUGAAGCUGUACAUCAAGCAAGAAUGGGAAAGAAUUCCACCUUCAAAGCUUCAACAAUUAGUCUCCUCAGUUCCCAAACGUUUAUUGAGUGUUGUUAAAAGGAAAGGUGAUGUAACACAGUGCUAAUGCCCCUCUCCCAACUACUUUGGCACGUGUUGCAGCCAUGAAAUUCUGAGUAAAUGAUUAUUUGCAAAAAAAAAGGUUUAUGAGUUUGAACAUUAAAUAUCUUGUCUUUGUAGUGUAUUCAAAUAAAUAAAGGUUGAAAAGGAUUUGCAAAUCAUUUAAAUCCGUUUUUAUUUACAUUUAUCACAAUUUCCCAACUUCAAUGGAAUUGGGUUUUGUAUAUGCAACUUGAUUUGAAUGUCUUUAUAUGGGGAAAAGGGUGCUUGUCUUACAAGUGGGUCUUACACACACCAAAUCCCUCGGUGCUUAUUUGAGAGAGUGUGGAGGACACCACCCUGCCGAAGAGGCACAAAAAUAAAGCUCUAUGUCUGACUUACUGGUUUAGAACUAACUAACUAACUUAGCUAGUUAGGUAGUUAGUCUGUUAGUUUAUAGAUAUUACAGUCCUAGUGUUUGUAUGGCACCCCCUGGGUACCGCUCAUGGAAUUUAUCCCAUCCAGACGCAGUUUUGUAACCAUGGUUUUAUCCCUCAGACAGUCAGGGAGGGGUUGUUUCCAUGGCGAAUGCACCUGCAUCUGUUGAGUCUCAUGUACCCGUUAGUGUGUGCUGUAGAUAUUUGUGAUUUCUCUCAGUAAUGAGGUUUCUAUAUCCACACACACAGAGAUUUUAAACCCAGGUUUGGAUUCAAAAACCAUGCAAACUGUUUACGGAUGUUUUUUUUUUUCUUGACCUUUGACCUGCAAGGUUUUGUACAUGUGUAACACACAUGCUUAAAGAUCAAAAACAGUGGUGAGGAAAUAAAUGAAUGAAUAUGGCUGGUGUUGAGGUAACAUCACCAUGUUUUUUACUCUAUGGUGGUGCAGUUAGGUGAGUUUACUCCAGCUGUCAGCUGACCUUGGUUCAAUACUGAUGAUGAAUGAACUGAUUUUUAUAUGCUGCUUGGAUUCAGGAGUCAAGCACAGGCCAAGUGUGAAAUGUCAGGUUUCUUUAUACCUUCCACCUACAGAGUCAGAUUCACUCUAAUAGACUGAGCUAAGUGUGGAAGAAAUAAGAGUGAGGUCAGAUUUGUAAGAGGAAAACAGACCUUAGGCUGUAAAACAGAGGGUAGUUUAUUCUUAAUACAAUCAUUAAAAACAGCACACACACACCCACAUAAUACUGUUUGUGUGUGUGUGUGUGUGUGUGUGUGUGUGUGUGUGUGUGUGUGUGUGUGUGUGUGUGUGUGAGAGAGAGAGAGAGAGAGAGAGAGAGAGAGAGAGAGAGAGAGAGAGAGAGAAAGAGAGUGUUUCAGGGAAUGGACCAGACUGGUACAGAGAGCUGAUAACAUCCAGCUCAUAAAUCACACACACUCCCUUACAAACACACACAUAUAUGCGCGCAGCUCAUGUGAGCUGUGUCUCUCUAUGAUAGUGUCUCUUGAGGUGAAUGAACCCAUCACCUGUCGAAGGUGAGCCCUGCACAGACACCUGGGUCUGACAUAUGUUUACCUGUUGUUUAAAAAAAUCCAUCAGUCUGACUACACUGGACUAAAUUGUUACUUCAAGACCCCUUUUGUUAGCUAUAAACCAUUCAUGGAGGUACAGUGCAUCCGGAAAGUAUUCAUACCACUUCACUUUUUCCACAUUUUGUUAUGUUACAGCCUUAUUCCAAAAUGGAUUAAAUUCCCUUUUUCCCUCAGAAAUUCUACACAAAAUACCCCAUAAUGACAAAGCGAAAAACUUUUCUUUAGAACAUUUUGCAAAUUUAUUAAAAAUAAGACACUCAAAUGUUGCAUAUACAUAAGUAUUCACACCCUUUGCUAUAAAACUCAAAACUGAGCUCAGGUGCAUCCUGUUUCCACUGAUCAGCCUUGAAAUGUUCCUCCAACUUGAUUGCAGUCCACCUGUGGCAAAUUCAGCUGAUUGGACAUGAUUUGGAAAGCCACACCUGUCUAUAUAAGAUCCCACAGCUGACAGAGCACGUCAGAGCACAAACCAAGCCAUGAAGUCGAAAGAAUUGUCUGUAGACCUCCGAAACAGGGUUGUAUUGGCGCACAGAUCUGGGUAAGGUUACAGAGAAAUAUCUGCUGCAUUGAAGUUCCCAAAAAGCACAGUGGUCUCCAUCAUUAAGAAAUGGGAGACGUUUGGAACCACCAGGACUCUUCCUAGAGCUGGCCGCCCAGCCAAAAUGAGCAAGCGGGGGAGAAGGGCCUUGGUCAGGGAGGUGACCAAGAACCCAAUGGUCACUCUGACAGAGCUCCAGCGUUCCUCUGAGGAGAUGGGAGAACCCUACAGAAGGACCACCAUCUCUGCAGCACUCCACCAGUCAGGCAUUUAUGGUAGAGUGGCCAGACAGACAGAAGCCACUCCUCAGUAAAAAACACAUGACAGCCCACUUGGACUUUGCUAGAAGACACCUGAAGGACUCACAGACCAGGAGAAACAAAAUUCUCUGGUCUGAUGAAACAAAGAUCGAACUCUUUGGCCUGAAUGCCAAGCGUCAUGUCUGGAGGACACCAGGCACCGCUCACCACCUCGCCAAUACCAUCCCUACAGUGAAGCAUGGUGGUGGCAGCAUCAUGCUGUGGGGAUGUUUUUCAGCGGCAGGAACUGGGAGACUUGUCAGGAUCGAAGGAAAAAUGAAUGCAGCUAAGUACAUCGAAAUCCUUGAUGAAAACCUUCUCCAGAGCGCUCGAGACCUUCGACUGGGGUGACGCUUCAUCUUCCAGCAUGACAAUGACCCUAAGCACACGGCCAAGAAGACAAAGGAGUGGCUUCAGGACAAGUCUCUGAAUGUCCUUGAGUGGCCCAGCCAGAGCCCAGACUUGAACCCGAUUGAACAUCUUUGGAAAGACCUGAAAGUAGCUGUGCACCGACACUGCCCAUCCAACCUCACUGAGCUUGAGAGGAUGUGCAAGGAAGAAUGGGAAAAACUCCCCAAAUCCAGGUGUGCCAAGCUUGAUGCAUCAUCCACAGGAACACUGGAGGCUGUAAUCACUGCCAAAGGUGCUUUGACCAAGUAUUGAGUAAAGGGUGUGAAUACUUGUGUAUAUGCAACAUUUGAGUGUCUUAUUUUUAAUAAAUUUGCAAAAUGUUCUAAAAAAAAGUUUUUCACUUUGUCAUUACGGGGUAUUUUGUGUGGAACUUUUGAGGGAAAAAGGGAAUUUAAUCCAUUUUGGAAUAAGGCUGUAACAUAACAAAAUGUGGAAAAAGUGAAGUGGUAUGAAUACUUUCUGGAUGCACUGUACUUAGUGACAGUGUUUAGGGAUUCAGAUCUGAAUCUAUAUUUGAGAAGAAAGUCUUGAAAUUCCUUGUAUUGUUUCAAAAAUAUUCAUGGUGACUGCAAUCUGGUGAUUUUUCUAUUGGCUGAUCUUGUGCACAAUGAGGUGUGUGGAAUACACUUUCAUCAGUGACUGCUGUAAAACCUCCAUCAUCUGACACAUCAAACUGGGAAAAGUCAAUCAGAGUGAGAGAGGGUACAGCAGACUGAUGAGUGUAAUUCCACUGAUUUAGUCUUUGGAUUGUUCUGUUAGUCUGGGUUAUUUAAUGAAUCUUCUCCUGGAACCUUGGCUUGUUGUUUGAUUUAGCAUCAGUUAUUUACUUUAAUUAUUUGUUAGCUUGAGGUCAAUGUGAAUCGGUAGUAGUUAUGUUCCCGACCGCACCAAUCCCCCGCCCAGAGCUGGGCAGUGCAGCUGUCACUUUCUCAGAAACUGUUCCUUAUGGAAGUGGAUUAAAGUUUUUCUCAAUUAGCCAAAAUGAAAUCCAAUUGCUCUCCCAAUACUGACACUAUGGGAAUCAGUUUCCAUUUAAAAUACAUGUGAACACAUAAGUUUGACAAUAACUGGAUUUUAUAUUUCAUGUAAACACUUUAGUGACUGAAACUCUUCUAGGGGCUGUGCCCCCCUCUGAGUCAGGACCAAGCCUGUGCCUCACCUCAACCCUCCCCUCUCAGUGAGGGAAAAAUGGGCCAUGGCACUAACAAGGUCUGUGCAGAGCCAGCUGUGAAGUGGAAUGGUUUUAGGACCAUCCAGUUGCAGAGGGGGUUGUUCCUGAAGGACAAGCUUUAGAUUAGUCUGCUGGUCUAUGUCCCACCUCACCUGUAGUCAAGAAGUGUGGGCGGAGUCUGACAGUAUGAGGCAGUGAAAACAGACAGCUGAAAGAUGUUUUCACUGCAGGGUUCAUCCUCAGAGACGAAGAGACAAGCUCAGGUUCUUAGAUAACUUAAGAGAUUUAGGAUCUGCUCAGGAGGUCUCCAACACAAGGUCUACCGAAGGAGUUUUGGCCUCACAGGUCCAGCAUGGCUUCUAGUCUUAAUGGUGUCUGCGGGUCGAUUUGAUUCAGUGCAGGUCUUUUUCUGAAGAAAAAAAACAGGAAGUAAGUUUUUAAAGAGUUUAGUCUUUGUCCCACAGAUCAGCUGACUUUGACCCCCCCCCCCCACAAACACACACACACACACACACACACAAAGAACCUUCCCUCCCUCUCUUUCUCUCUCUCUCAGUCAGUUUCCCACACAGAGCUGCAGGAAAAGUGUUUUACACAUUAGUGUGAGAGGAGCCAACACAAAUACAUGGAGUCAAAGGACUGAAGGAAAACAGCAUCUGGUUACAUUCUGCUGCUCUUACCAGACCUGACUAAUCCAUCGCAGAGAUGAGAGCAGGACCACACUCUGCUGCUCCUACCAGACCUGACUAAUCCAUCGCAGUGCGGAGAGCAGGCCCACACUCUGGCUGUGUCUCAAUUCAGAGACUGCAUACAGCUGAAUUGGAAUUGGGACGGUCUACCCUUCCUGGCUGAGUCGCCAAAUGUCCCCGCCCUCAGGUUGCAUCACAACUGACUUGAAGAAAAGCUGCGGAGCGCAGCAGUUAUUUUUUAAUUGUGCGACCUUGCACAGACGCAAAACAAUAGAUACAUACCAGCACAGAUCAUUUCCACAAAAUUCAUCCAAUGAUUGCAUGUUUUGUAUGGAGUAUGAGGGCCAUAAUGAGAAUUUUUUUAAAGACUUCGAGAUCAAAGUCGUGAAUUUACAAGAAUAAAGUCAUUAAUUUACGAGAACAAAGUCGUAAGGUUACCUGUUAUUUCAAAGGAGAGUUGUUAAAAUUAGGACCAUGAAGCAUUUGAAGGAACUGUGCUUCAGUAUAGGUUUCACAAACAUGGAGAUACUUCAUCCUUUGGCACAUCAGCAUUACAUUGUCAUAAAUAUAAGAACUUUAAAAAGAUUAUUGUUGUGAGGCAGGUUCGUGGUGAGGACCCAGAUGCAGACACAGAGACUGAGAUCAACUUAAAGAGACUUUUAAUGUCCAAAAAAGGGGAGAUAGUGCAAACAGAGGAAGUCCGAAGGGCUGGUUGGCUGGCUGUCAUGUGGGCUGGAGACACUGCAGGAAAAAACCAGAGGAGACAGGAGUUAAUGAACAUGAAAAUAGUCACUGGGAGCAAAGUUCUGAAGAUUAUACCACGAGGAAGGCCAGGAGACACGUCUGUACCGCUAGGAAGGGUAGACAAUACUCAGGCCCUGAGGCUGAGGGCUGCAGGCUUCUUAAAGUGCCUUGAUUGGAGAUGUGGAGCAGGUGUGUAGUCUCACUCAGCCUCAGCGCCGGGGGAGGGGAGGAAGCUCUGGAAAAGAGUGAAGCCAGACCAGACAAACAAGGAAACACAGGAAGUCCAGCCAAAAUAAAACAAGAUGGAGGCGUCUCACCACAAUUAUAUGAGAAAUAUGUCUUUUCCAUGGAAAAAAAAACAGGUGGACUUGGAGGAAAUCGCUGCUUUUGUGGAGGCAGAAAUGGAUAUACUAAGGAUGUAUCUGUCAGUGCAGCCGUAAGUAGCCGUGAAUGGCAUUGAGCUUUAGUUUAUGAUAUGAAUCCAUAUGUUAUAAUAAGGCGUUGGUGUCUCUGCAGGUGUAGGCUACCGCUGGUGUCAGAGACGUGGUGCUUGUCAGAGCUCGACUCCCACGGAUCACAAAUGUUGAUCAUCAUCAGUUUGAUUGUUUCUUAAAAAACCACAAAAACUCUCUGAAUGACCCGCUGAUACAUCCACAGAUAACCCUGCAGUUGACCAGCCUCAGACAUUUCCCCCUCCACAAAAGCAGCUUUAAGACCUUAUUUACUUUAUGACUUUAUUCUCCUAAGUUUACAACUUAAAUCAGUAAGUCUUAAAAAAAAAUUCUCAAUGUGGAUGUGGUCCCUGAUACUCUGAUGUAGUUUUGUCAGCUUUCCUAUUUCUAAUGUUUUUUCUGAAGAGUAUCAUGUUUGGUUCGCAGAUUUUAGUGAGUUAAGAGAUCAUGCGCUUAUGGAGCCUGAGCUGACUGCCUGCUGUUUUUGAAUUUCUGUGAUUUUCUUUGAAGACGCGCUGUGCCUCCAAGUGAGUCCGGCCUCUCACCUGAAAUGCGCAGCUGUGCAGCGGCACGCAAAGAAUUCUGGGAUACCAAGGCCACAAAAGUGUGCAUAAAUGCACGCUUGAAAAAGGGACAGGGGCAGUGUGGUUUUGAGACCGCAUUUGAAGCGCCCUCAGAAUCACGAGCCAAAUGGGACACCGUUGAUGACGUCACGCACACUUGAAAAUGUGCCGUUCGACGUUGCGGUCUCUGAAAUGAGACUCUUGCUGCGUCCGAAUUGCCCGCUCAGAUACUACAUGCUACUGCUACAUACUACUGCUAGAUCCUACUCCUACAUACUAAACACGUUGGCCCAAUUCGGACACACUAGACGAGCGGUGGGGAAAGACGACCCCCGCAGGCAGAGAGUAGGUACUGCGCCCGUGCAGACAGUGGUAACUGAAGCCCCUCAUCUGCGGGCCUGGCUGUAGUACUGCAGCUGUGCAGUUUAAUGAUGGAAUAAGUGAGCUUUACCUCCAUGAUGUCGCCACAUAUUUGCUCAUAAAAUGAUUAGUUGGGCAAAUAUGACACCAUGAUAUGACAAAGAGAUACAACCGCACAUUUUUUAGGACAGUGUGUGAAGUUACAUGAAACUUACAUCUGUACUGCUGCGGUCCCGCCUGCUGCUGCUGCUGCUGCUCCGACAUGGUGCGCGCUGCUGUGGCCAGCCGGCGUUCGCGACACAUUUAAAAAGGCAGCAGCUGGUGGCGCUAGCAUCACAUGCGCUUCUACAACUUUUAAGAGGACGAAGAAGAAGCCCGUGGUGCAUUUUGGGUCAGUAGCAUGCCCGUAGGAUGCACCGAGACCAACCUACAAUGUGGGCGUGUCUAGUAUCCGAAGUAGUAUCUGAAGUAGCAUGCUACUCGCUCCGGUGGCCAAUUCGGACAUGCUAGAUACUACUUCGACUACUACUUCGACUACUACUUGGCAAUUCGGACGCAGCUACAGCCUCUGCUGCUCCCAUUAGACCUGACUUAUCCAUCACAGAGAGGAGAGCAGGCUCACACUUUGAUAUAGACAUAAUAUACAUGGAUGCCUCAUAGACUGACGCUGCCCAAUUAGCACUGAUGUAUCAUCCUGAACGCCAUCUUGAAUGGGUCCCCCAUUCAAGGCAUUUGUUUCUAUUGAGGAAGGUAUUCCUAACUAAAAUAAACAUAACUCCCUACAUUUUUACUUUGUUUUUUUACAGGGGUUGGUUUUUUAAACACAGCAGAGAUGUAGCUAUGAUACAGGACACUUUCACACAUAAAAAAUAACCAUAAUUUGUUUUUAAUCUUACUUGUAAAAGGUAAUCCUAUGUGAUCUGGUUUCAAUACUGCAUGGAUUUUUUUUUUUUUUUUUUUUUUUUGUAGGGUGCACAAAAUACCAGUAUAGCUGCUUUUCUCCAUUGACUCCGUUUGGCUCUAGUGCAAGCCAAUAUGGCAGGAUUAUACUCCAGCACGUAAUGAGGUGUCUAUUAUGUAUAUGACACUCUUCUGCUCCAACCAGACCUGACUCAUCCAUCACAGAGAGGAGAGCAGGCGCACACUCUGCUGUUUGUGUGGUUUGUGCAGUUUUUUUUAUUGAAGGCUGAGAUGUUGAAAAAUUUGAUAUGGUGUCCAAGAAGGGGGAUAGCUGAUUAUGACAAGUGAAAGUGUCUGCACAUCUUUACCAACAGGAGCUCAACACAAGUUUUACUCACUCUGCUGCUCGCUCAGACCAAAUACCAUAAACACUCAUAGCAAACAGCAGGCACCCAGCAGAUUACUGCUUCCUCUAUUAGUUAGGAUCAUCUAAAUCUUCAUUUUUCAUCCUUAAACCUAUAACCAAAUGUGACAGUGCUCUGGCACCACAUUUCAGACCAGAAAAUCGGCUCAUGUCCAGAUGAUCUGUUUUGUUUUGGACUAGUUGACCUGGACUGUGGUGGGUUACCUCUUUCGGUUACGGACACUUUCCAUCAAAGAGAAUGAUAUUUUUCAUAUAACAAAUAAGAAAGAAAUAUAUAAUAUAUAUAUAAGAAAUAUAAAAUCCAGUUAUUGUCACUCUGCUCCGUGAGCUUCCUGCCUUUCCACCUGAGUGUGUGGAAAACUAAAGCUUGAGUCUAUCAGAGCACACCUCCCCUUUGCUCAGUGUGCAUAUAUGAGACACCAAGGCAGGGAGAGCAGCAGCAAAGAUGCACGGAAAUUACAAACCUCAAUGACCACUAUAUGCUUACAUGAAAGUGCCAGUAGGGGGAGGACGAGAUGCAGCUUAAACGGAAGCCAGUUACAAAAAUAUGGCAUGUGGCAAGGCUGAUUAAUUUUGUACUGAUGGUAUAGGUAAAAUGGCUGUAUAGGAGGUCAGAGACAAUCAGAAAGUAAAUGCUCUGUAUCACAGGAGACCGGGACAUGAACCCUUAAAAAGUUCAGGAUGUGAAGUGGUUAUAAAAUCACCCGCUUUGGUAUUCUACCAUCUGAACCGUGCUACUGAAGCCAUGCAGGAGUCAGCCAGAGUGUUAUACAAUACAGGCUAAGACAUUAGGAAGAUACACACACUGCUGCAAGACGAAUUAGAGGUAGUGUUGUCAUGCAGUGCGAAAAGGCAAUGACUGUUUUUUUUUUUAGUUUUAUCGAAUUAUCAUUACGACAGCAACCAAAACAAACAAUCACCAACAUGAAAUGAAGAUGACAUUGCCAGCAUCAUCAUCAUUAUCGCUAUCACCACCGAACUACCAAAUGCUGAGUGGUUCACAGAGCUAGGUCAGAAAGUGUCUCAGAAGUAGAAAGGGACUGUGUAGCUCAAAAGAAGGGAUCACUAAGAUGGUGGCUUGUAGAGACAUGAACAUGGUUUUCCACUGGAGAGGCUGUAGCAGUGGGAGAGACACCUAGCCGCUUAUGACAUAGAGAGUUGCAUGGCUGGAGUAUGUGUGGAUUUAUUGUAUGGAGUAAGCUGAAUACUUUGCUGAUGAGGUUGGUGUUGUGGGUCCUGUUCACGAUUAAAGAAGGGACACUUGUCCUCGUAGGCCAAAGAACCAUACAUCAGAAUGCUCUCCGGAUGACAGCGUGAGAAAUAACACCAAACUCUCAGUCAUACAUCUGAACAUCUUAAGUCACGUCAAAGAAUGGUGUGGUGGUGGUUUGCAGAGAAACAGGAAGACUAAGCAGGUUCACACUCUUUCAAACCUUUGUUGGACAGAAGAAGGCUAUCAGCCGAGCCGUCAGCUAGUAAGGAUGUUGUUAAAAUCAGCUUCAGAACUCUGGGCACAGUUUGACUUUGUGACCUGCCUGAACAAACACUGUGCAACUAGCUCAUGUCCCUCCUUAUAUUGUGAUUCACACCAAAACUUUUACUGUUAUGUGUCUUUUAUUAACUUUUAAUUGUGUUUAAACUGGUAUGUUCACUGUUCAUAGUGUUCCUAAAACAAGAAAUGCCCUGACCCGGAUUCGAACCCGGGACCUUCUUGCUGUGAGGCGACAGUGCUAUCAACUACACCACUGUGCCGCCCAUUGGUUAUCUUUCAGCAUUGACAAUUCCAACGACACCCUUAUUUUUGUGUGUUCUGGAUCACAGUAUCCAGAAUUUUGUCUGGAUCAGGAUCAACCUUUGACACCUCAUAAAACUCAUUGAGAUCCUUUUGUGUAAUUUUUUACUAAAGAUUCUGGACAUUUUUAUAGAGUUGAAUGCAAAAAUUCCAAAAUGUGCCCUAUCUCACAAUGAUAAAGAAUCCUUCAAAAAAUUCCUGGAUCCAGAAGGCGAUCCGGAUCACCACCAAAAUGUAAUGGGAUCCUCCUGGGGCUGAGACGCACCUCUGGUGAAAAUUUCAGGUCAAUCUGUCUGUCACUUUCUCCGUAAAGUUGCUAACAGACAAACAAACUAAUAAACAAACAAACAAACAAACAAACAAACCAACGCUACCGAAAACAUAACCUCCUUGGCGGAGGUAAUAAUCCUAUUCCACUUCUCUGUCCUGUCUUCAGAUUUUAGGACACAAAGACCUGACAUCUCCAACUCAGAGGUACAUAGACAGCAAAGUGGUACGAACUCAGACGGAGGGAGAAUGGCUGUCAUUUGAUGUGACAGAGGCAGUGAGCGAAUGGCUGAACCACAGAGGUAAAAGACCCAUCUUCAUCACUUCUCCAUAAGUCAUGUCUGUGCAACUGCUCAAUAAUCUCAACCUUUGUGUGCCCACAGACAGAAACAGUGGAUUUAAGCUCAGCCUGCACUGUCCCUGCUGCACGUUUGUACCGUCCAACAAUUACAUCAUUCCUAAUAAGAGCGAGGAGCUGGAGGCACGCUUUGCAGGUGAUUUCACCAAACAUGGUGACGAUGUUUUAUUGUAUGUCUGCAGGACAUGACAGAGGAGUGAUGUGGCUCUGAGUAUCAGCUGUCAGACAGUUGUGAUGUACCUGUAUAAACCUCGGACUGUCGUUCAGUCAUACAGUGUCUCUCCUUAUGGUCCUACCCUGAAUCACCUGGCAGCGAGCAGACAAGUAAUAAAAAGAGUUCUGUCAGUCCAAAGAGGGAUCUUGACAGAUUGCAGUUGGAACCAGAAGGGUUGGGUUUGUUUGCUGAGAUGGAGAACAGGUCUGAGGUUUAGCUGACAGAAACAGUAAGCUGCAUGAGCAUAUUGUCCAGCACAGGAGUCUUUACCUGUUGGGAUAGGUAGAAGGUGGGGUGCUAGUCUGUCAGGAUGGACCUUUGUAGACAGCUAUUGCUCAGCUGGUUCAGGACUGAAACCUGAGCCUAGCAUUGAAUGAAGGUCAGUGAUCUUUGUUUCAGGUAUUGAUGACAGCUUCAUCCAUGGCAGUGAUCUGAAGGUUUAUAAGAGACGGCGGCAUAGCUCUCAGGCUCCUCACCUGCUUCUCAUGCUACUGCCUUCAUACCGGCUGGAGUCCCAGAUGCAACAUAAGUCCCACAGAUCUAGAAGGGCCCUGGAUGCCGCCUACUGCUCCAGGUACCUCUCCACCUGGUUUUAAAGCCUGUUAACCUGUUUGGAGAGAUCAUGGUCAUCUCAGUGAAAACAGUGUGUCUCUCUGUGUCUCAGUCCUGAUGUCCUCAUGUCUCUGCAGGAACGUUCAGGACAACUGCUGCUUACGCUCGCUCUACAUCGACUUCAAGAAGGACCUGGGCUGGAGGUGGAUCCACGAGCCAAAGGGCUACGAGGCCAACUUCUGUGCUGGGGCAUGUCCAUACCUGUGGAGUGCAGAUACCCAGCACUCCAAGGUACGGUAUGAGAAUGGGGUCAAAGGUCACACACUCUGUGGGCCAGUGAGAUCAGGAUCUUCACUGGUUUAUCUCUGUUACUCAUGGUAGACUUUGGUUUCUGUGUUCCAGGUCUUAGGUCUAUACAACACCAUCAACCCUGAGGCCUCAGCGUCCCCGUGCUGCGUGUCCCAGGACCUGGAGCCCCUCACCAUUCUCUACUACAUCGGAAAGACACCCAAGAUAGAGCAGCUGUCCAACAUGAAGGUCAAGUCCUGCAAGUGCAGCUAGGACCUGGAUCCACUCUGGGGACUCUGUCCUCCCCUCACCACAACACAGACAGACAGACAGACAGAAAGACAGAGGGACAGAAACACUGACUUACAGGUCACUCAGCAGAGUCUUCACUCCUUUAGUUACACUGUUUGUGACAGCUUCAAAACAGCAAACUGGACCUUACCUGAGCUUCUGAUGAUGAACUCUGGCUGCUCAGGGCUUGACUUUUAAACUUUCAGGACAAGUUUACUCCCUGGUCUUCAUGCCCAGUGGACUGACUGUCCUGGAGGACAGCCUACCACCUGCUCCUGCAGACAUCUGGAUGUUGGAGAAACAUCAAAUACUGAACAGAUCUUCAGACCUGAACAUGACCUGGCAGCUCCACACUUCCAGGCUCUAUAAAUCUUGAAGUGAAACUGUCUAGGAUCCGGCUGCUGAGACAUCUUAUAAAACUGUUUAAAUGAUGAAGUAAACAUAUUGACUGCACGUGCAAAGUGGAUGUCCACUUCCUUUUUGAAGUCUGAACGUCAGUGUGUGGGCCAAUGGCAGUUUGGAUUUUGGAGAAGGUGGUAACCGUAAUAGCUCUGACAGGUCAUUCCCAGGUAUCCCUGGUCCAGCCCCUCCCCCGCUUUCUGGUCUGUGUGACUCUAGAUGGGACCAUAUUUCACCAAAGGACCGUAAUGCUGUAUCAAUGAAGACUGGAAACAAGCGACUGAGACGUUAAAAUAAUUUGCAAGUGCUACAGGGAAGGAGGACCAGUUCCUAACAGACUGUGACACAGUUGGCCUGUUUUUAUAACCAGAGGAGUCGCCCCCUGCUGGACAUGAAAGGUACCUCUGCAUUAUUUCACUGGUAUAAACAUGAGGACAUGUCCACAUCUUUGGUACCGUCUAUGCUGGAUGCAGAAUGUGAUGAAGCUAAGCCAAUAUAAUGCCUUCAGUUGUAAUACUGCUGAUGGUCUCUAGACUUCAGUUUGAAAUACCUUGGUGGUAUCAAAAUACUUUUUGGAUCUGAUCAAAAAACUCUGUCUGUACACACAUAUGUGACAUCAUCAUCAUCAGCUGAAUCAAAGGUAAACAAACCUGAGGACAAAAUACUGCGGUAUGUUACAGGUCCUUCAGAAAUUAGAAAUUGUGUUUGGCUGUAAAAUGUCUGCCUUAUUUCACACCUGGCUGACCUCAAAGAUCCAGCAGACCCUGCACACCUGAACUCACCUCAUACUGGUGGAACACACCUGAUGUAAAUAAUCUUUAAUGGUGGAUUCAAAGACACAAUAAUAUAUGAGUUAUUUUAACCCUGCUGCACACACACACACACACACACACACACACACACACACACACACACACACACACACACACACACACACACACACACACACACACAAACAUACACACAAUAGUUUAAAAACAUCUAUGACUAGUCAUAGAUGACUACGACUAUAGACCCAAACAGAUGAAUGAAAAUAGGUAGGAGACACACACACACACACACACACACACACACACACACACACACACACACACACACCUCACAGACACAAAGGAAAAACAAACACUGGAACAGAUAAGUGUAUAUAUGUGAAUUAACCACACACACUCAGUGUUGACACCUCGUACCACAGAGAUAAACAAAUAACCUUUAUUGAUCUGAACAAAAGAUAGAUAGAUAGAUAGAUAGAUUGAUAGAUACUUAAUUGAUCAGUAUACUUACAGUAGAAAACAAUGUACAUGACAUCUGAUACAUUAAAGAAAAACAAGACCUGCCGUGCCACAUUUAUACAAGCUUCACUUGUGCAUAAGUAAGACAAAAUUUAAACGAAGAAUGUACAGUAAUAAUUACCAUGUUAAAAAAUAAUAAUAAAUUAUGAAUUCUGAACAAUAAGAAAUGGAGCAGAAAUGUUAGAGAUCAGGGUGUCCCUCUUUUACUUUUGGGGGGGGGGGGUUCCUGAGUUCCUGAGUCUGUUGGUGGAGCAGGGCAGGGACACACUCCUUUUCCUGCUGAGUCUGCUGUGCAGAGGGUGCAUGGACAGCAUUUUUUUUCAGGGUCCUUAGGGCCAGCCGCCUUCCCAGUCUGUCCAGUCAUACUAUGUCCCUCUUCUUGCUGCUUCCUCACCAGCAACAUAGAAGAGGACACUAGCCACCACAGACUGGUAAACCAUCUGAAGCAGGAUCCCAGCUUUCUCAUACUUGCUGACCACUUCAGUUUUUCAUCCAGCUGCUGUCCCAGAUAUAAGUCCUGACCACCCUCGCAUCAGCUCCCUCAAUAGACACCAGCUCAAGAUGUUGUUUGGUCUUCCUGUCCACCACCACCAUCUGCUGACCACAGUGCCAGUGUUAAAGAGACAAAACCUUUUGUUUGUUUUUCUGUUAGAAAUUAGAUCAGUUCAACCAACACAAAAAAAUAUCCCAAAUACUUGUAUAAAACUCAUCUCUUUAUUAAUGUUUAUAAAGGUGGUACAUUUUUUUAAAGUUUCAUUCGAUAUCAACAUCAUAGCAGCCUAUACCUGACUGCAUCAGCCAUAAUUCAGUGUGUCAAACAUCAUCAGCUAAACAGAGGAAGUCAAACAGCACAAACUGUGUGAAUGCUUUUAUUGAUAUUUAUUUUUAUAGACAGCAGAUGACGUGGCUAGAGUGCAGUGUUUGUUCAAAUUAUUAUCAUUAUGAGCCUCAGUGUGUUAGUCAGGGUUUACGUUGGUGCUGCAGCCCGCCCAGCAUAACUUCAACCCCCCAUCUCAACAGUGGGGGUAGGGGAGGGGUUUACCCGGACAGGUUAACUGUCUGACACCUGUCAGUUGUGACUGUAAUAUGUAGGAGAGGAUAUCAGAUAACAGAGACUAAGGAACACAGUGUUUAAGAUGCAGAACUAACCCCUUAUUAAAAAGAGCAUACCCUCUGUUCAAUAAAUUCAUCAGCCAAUCAGCAGCCAGAUGUCAUUACCUUGGUCCAACACCGUGGUAUUUCCUGUUGUUGUUUUGUUUUUAAUAACCAUAUUAGUGUGUUAGUUACUCCCCACAGCAGAUGAUGACAAUGAGUAUGAUAAAGAUGAUGAGGUUGAGGAUGACGAUAAUAAUGAUGACGAUGAUGAUCAUGAUGAGGAUGAUGAAGAUAAUGAGGUUUUGUUGAUGAUGAUGAUGGUGAUGACUGUGAUCAUGAUGAAGAUGAUGAAGAUAACGAAAUUGAUGAUGAAGGUGAUGAUGAUACUUAGGAUGAUGAAGGCCCCAUGCCGUAUGUAACAGUUGUGUAUCUUCUGGUAAAUAAAUUAUUGAAAUUUGUUGUUUCUCUGUUUGUUCAUCUGAGAAGAAUUUUGACCCGAUCUCUGCAGCUUCUUAAUCCUCCUCUAAACACCUCAACCCUUCCUCCUCACCCUCCUCUGCCCCCUCUUCCUCUUCUUCAGACUGAAAUAGUUCAAACGCAGAGACUGUGUCAGGUUUCUUCUCUGCUCCUGUAGUCAGUUUUAUGCAAACUGAUCUCCAGUUGUGUUGGAUUCAGACUAAAGAGGAGAGCAGCUGCUGAUGCUAAUGUUAGAGUGUGUGUGGUCUACAGAGAACAAAGACACUGUGAACAAUCCCUCUCAUAAACACAGAUAAUGUUUCAACAGCACUGUUAAUGCUCUGUGUGUCCAUCAGACAGUUUACACCAACACUGAUCAAAAAGUUCCUGCUAAUCUCAGCUCAGGACCAAAAGUUUUUGGUAACAUCAGUUAAAAAAGAAGUUUCCUGCAGGAGUUGCACAUUGCAAAUAUUAGAUGCUAACCUCUCUACAUAACAAAAAGGGUCUGCAGAAGUCAGAUCCGAAUACAGAGAUCCUGCAGAAAUCAGCCAGAAACAAAAAUUACUGAAGAAGUUAGAUGAGAACAAACAGUUCCUGUUAACAUCAGCUCAAAACGUUCCUGCCCCUGUCAGCUUAGGUCAAGGUCCUGCUGAAGUCAGCUCAGAUCAAAACGUUCCUGCCCAAUAAGCCCAGAACAUACAGAAGCUCAUAUUUUUUGUUUGAUAAGAUUUUAAGUUCAAAGAUCAGGAGAGAGCAGCAUGGAGGAGAGAUCAGGGCGUGAUCACACAAUGAUGCUCCCAUCACGAGCAACUACACCUGAGGAACCAUAGAUCAUUGUACAACAGGAUUUUAUAAAUUUUAUUUAUUUUGAUGUAUUUUGAUGGUGAUGAUGUAAGACCGUCCAUCAUCACCAUCAAUUAAAUUUCUGCUCUAAUCCCAGAGGUAGAGCAGUACAGCGCGAGUCAAGUGUAGCUGAAGCUUGUUGCUCAUUCAACCACUGGAGACAACAGUGGAGAAUGGUCUAGCUAAGUACAUAGUGUUGUCUAAAGAGCAGGGCCUUUAGCUGUCUCUUGAAGGUAGAGAGGAACUCUACAGAUUAAAUGAUGAUGUAUUAUUGGUGUGAAGGGCAGGUAAAAUUGUGCCAAGGCAAAACAACACAGCACAUCACAACAAACAGUACAUUCAACCACAAUUAACAUAACAAGCAUCACAUUUAACCUGACAACAGACUCACACAAGCUCGGACAGGUAACCUCAGUAGGAGUAACACAACUUUGAAAAAACCACAACCUCUAGGGUUGUCCUAGUCCCGAUGUUGAAGCUAAACCAGUCAAAAAUGUAAAAAACUAAACUUUUUAGGACAAUAUUACUUAACAAGCUAAGGUGGACGAACAAGGUUAACCAUGAAGAUAAAUUAACAACAUGUCAGAGCAGAAAUAAAAGUGUUUGUAUGUUAAUUUGGAAGUAUCAGCAGGUGGAGGAAGUUGGGAUAAACCAGAGAUCAGAAUAAAACAGAAAACUGAUUUUAGCAGACAGACAACAUGAGGGGGAUUAAUCUCCAUCUCCACACAGAGCACAGAGUCUGACAGUGUGUGUGUGUGUGUGUGUGUGUGUGUGUGUGUGUGUGUGUGUGUGUGUGUGUGUGUGUGUGUGUGUGUGUGUGUGUGUGUGUGUGUGCGCUUGGAUACUUACAAUCCAUGAAUUCCUCUCUCAGUAAUUUGACUGAACUUGAUACUGUCCUGGUCUGGAUCUUUGUGUCUCCUAUGGAGGCAGUAGUGUUGGCUGACAUCUGAAAUGAUACAGGAGCUCUUUAUUACCCCCUGUCUCUGUGUUUGACACACUGAAUAAAGGUGUGUGCGUAUGUGUGUGUAUGUGCGUAUGUAUGUGAGUGAGUACAUUUAAACUGCUUGCCUCAGUCAGGUUCAGUUCAAUGUUUGGUUUUUUACUCAUUAAUCACGACUUUCUCUGUUUUAUGAGUGUUCUUUACACAAUUCAGGGAAACUCUUUAUAUCGAAAAAAGAGAUGCAUAAUGCUGUUUGAUGUAUCUCCAAUCAUUUUAUCAGACUGUCUGUCUCUCUCUUUUUGUCCACUCUCCCUCCCCAACCCCCUCUAGUAAUAUGAGUCUGUUCAGGUCCAGGGUUUUGUUGGGGGAGGGUUUUGGAUGGAGGUCUAGAGGGAAAGUCUGCGAUUUCUUCACUUGGAAAUGUUCUAAAUCCAGCUCCCUCUGAAUUUUUCUUUUUAUGGUUUCAGCAUCAAAGAGUUUGGGACAAACUGAUCUGUGAGAUUUAUUCCAGAAUAAAGAUAAAAGUACAAUGUCUCAUAAACUCAUCAAACGUGUUUUUGUGCAUGUCUAAUUAUAAAUGUGUGUAUCAAUCUAUCACAUGAUUUGUUACCUGAUCCAUCUCUCAGCCCUACAUCGCCUCACUGUGGGUUUAUCAUCCCUGUGAGGAAAGGCUUAAAGCUUGGAUGGCUCUGACAGGCUGAAACAUCUAUCAGUUAAAAAAAUCAUAGAUUAGAGCCACAAACCUGUAAGUACUUUGUCCUUAUCUCCAAGCCCGCCCCCCUUUAGCUGAAAACUAAAACAGCUGGUGAAGGGAAUUUCUGGAGUCUUUGAGGACAGAAUCACUUCAGAUUUGAAAACAUCUUCUUCACUUGCUUUGUAGAAAAAAAUCAUACAACUUUAAUAAUCAAUGUACAUUUAGGUUAAUUUUGACAAUUAUCGGUAAAUGAGACUCCUCUUAGGCUGUCUUGGUCAAACUUUAGCUAAAGGAGCCCUAAACCAGAAUCACUGUAGUCUGUAUUCACCUGUGUUACCUGAAUGGAUCUCUGAAUUUAUGAACUAAAACAUUGUUUUUUCACUUCCAUUGAUCCCUCUAAUCAUCAUCUCUGCUCAUCUAUCCACCCACUGUUUGAAUUUCGAUAUGAAUAUUCACAGACACUCCAGAUUUGGUUUGAUAGAAGAGUUAAACUUGACCCUGAAAGACGUCUGGAGAGACCUCCACAGAGAUCUCCAUACAGAAACAUUCACAUCUCUGAGACCUCAACUCGAGCAUCCACAGAGACCCCCCCCCAUAAACCCAACACGGUGUUUUAGAGAGACAAGUGAGAGGAAAAUAAUGGUGGUGUGAUCUGUGAAAUAUCAGAGUUCAUGUGUGAAAGCGUGUUUGUUUCCCUUCCCUCCCACCCCCACAUGUCUGUAUAGAGCAAUGUGACCCCCCUCCCCCUUCAGGAAUGGACCCCUGUCUGAAUGGAGUGCUGUGUCUCUGACCUUGAUUUGGAGCCAGGAAACCAUCAGUCCACCUGUCCAACUGUCCACCUGUCCCUGUCCUUUAGAGACUGAACCCUCUGACCUAAGGGAGGGGGUGUUUGUUUAUCUAUCACAGCCUGAAUCAUGUUUAUGAUUAUUAUUGUCAUUUAGAGAUUAUUAUUGUUAUUUCUGAUUGUGUUUCUUCUUUUAGGACUGACCUUAAUCUGUUCCUGCUGACAAACUUAGUACCUAACUAACGACCUUGAGAAUAAACACUGUGUUCAGGUGUUAAUUCAGCCUUCUUCAUUGGAUGAUUAAAUAAAAACACAAACUGUCUGGUCAGUGAAGAGUCUCUGCUUUCAUAAAGUGACCUCUCGAGGUAACCUGCUCAUGAUUCACACAUGAAGCCUCUUCUUCAUUACUAGUCUCCUCCCUGUCUGCACGCUCACCUGUACUCAGGUUUCACUGAAUAAAUCUGCUCCUCUAUGUUCAGCUGCUCCCACCGCAGAUAAACUUCAGCUCACCUGCCCAUCAGCUGCCUCAGGGGGACUCACCUGAGUCUACCUGGCUCCAUCUGAGCUCCCUCUCACUCAGGUGUGCUCCUCCUCUACCUCUCAGGGAUGAGGACGUGAGCAGAGCAGACAGCAGAGAGCUGCAGGGCUGAGCUGCUUUCACUCUUUAUCAGCCUUAAACCAUCAUCACAUAGGAGACACUGACCACACCUGACACCUGAGGAAGGGUGGGGGAGAGGGGGUGUUUGCGGGAGCAGGGCAGGUGUAGAUGAGAGGAUGAUGAGAGGAUGAUGAUGAAGGUGUGGAAGAGGGUCAUUGAGUCCGACAUGAGCUCAGACCUGCUCAGGAAUCUUGAAGCUGUCAGAAAAAUAAUUACAGGUGUGUGAGUUUGUGGGUGUUAGUGAGUGUGUGUUACCUGUAGACCUCAUGCUGAGGCCUGAUCUUGGGUUAAUCUAAAUCAGGUGUGGGAUAAACUCUGAGUGUUUAAAACUGAGACGUCUUUUUAUCAGGUUAAAUAAAGAGUGACCAGUGAUCAGCAUAAAUUCUAACUCACAUUCAAACGCACACAAGCAACAACAUUAAAGCCCCCCCCCCCAAAAAAACAGACUUUCCCUCAAAAAACAUCAUCAGGUGAGUGAGCCUCAGGUCCCACCUAAAUAAUGCUUUAACACCUGUGACCAAUAUCAUCAUAAAAAGGUCAGAGUAAGGAGACUUACACACACAUACACACACUCUCUCUCUCUCUCUCAGAGAAUGAGAUCGCUCUAUGUCUGUUUUUUCUAUCUAAAGUUGUAUUUCCUUAUCCUACAUGAAAAGAGCUUUACCUGACAACAGACUGAUAAAACCACAUAAACUCCACACUCACACAUUUGUGUGUGCAAAAGAAAGAAAGAAAGAGAGAGAGAGAGCGAGAGAGAGAGAGAAAGAAAGAGAGAGAGAGAGAGAGAGAGAGAGAGGGGUGAUGUUCACUUAAGUGUCAUUUAUGGGUUUACAAAGCGUCCUGUGUAUGUGCCGAGAGGCUCCCACAUCUAAAACAUAUAAACACAGAUUACAUCACACAAACACACACACACACACACACACACACACACACACACACACACACACACACACACACACACACAUCGGAAUAUGCAGCGGUGUGACACACAGAGAAGAUCUGUUCAUUCAUGGGACAUCAGAAAGACCUUCUGUACACACACAGACAAAUGUUAAGGCCUAUUCCAAGUAAAACUCUGAUAAGUAUUUUAAAAUUAACAUUAUAUGAUAAAACUGAAGGUGUUUUCUACCAUUGGUCCUGAAAGGUAAGAUCGCAUUUAUUUAUUUAUUUAUUUUUAAAAAGCGCAACUUCUGGUAAUUAAAAAAAAAAAAAAAAAAAAGUAGAUUCUCGCGAGGUUUGGUCGUGAUCCGGAACAGUCUCGCGUGACUUCCAUCAGACUGUCAUGGCUGCGCUCAGGAAGCUUCAACUGUGUGCAGUUUCUCCAACGACUAAACAUUCCGCCUCCGUCAUCUUCCUGCAUGGAUCAGGUGUGUGUGUGUGUGUGUGUGUGUGUGUGUGUGUGUGUGUGUGUGUGUGUGUGUGUGUGUGUGUGUGUGUGUGUGUGUGUGUGUGUGUGUUGCAGGCUGCGGAUGAAUGUGUGACAAGUAUUGUUGUGUAAAUGUUGCUGCCGUGGAUCAGAGAGAGGAAAAGUCAUGAAAAUGCGCCUGUGAGCGCAUAAGUUUUAGACUUACCAAAGAUAAACUGUCACACCAGCUGUUUUAUUUUAUUAAAUAUACAAACAGAACAGCUGAUAGAUAGACUUAAACAAUGAUGAAAAUUACAGUAGUAACUGAAACUCCGACUAUAUGUAAAAUACUCUGACAUUAAUUUACUUGGUAGUAGAAAAAAAUGAGUUUCACCUAGCCUUUUACAAUUAGCAAUGACUUUAAUUAUAAUGCACCUUUAAACCAACACGCAGACAGUCUGCUCUGUUUCAUAAACAGACAAAGAGUGACAGCAAAAAGGGUAAAAAUACAUGAAUCAAAUGAGAGAAUAGAUGGUCACAGUUACUUGGAAAUGAUUAAAUCAGACUUGAGAUUAAACUCUUGUGUAUCAACUGAAUCUAACAUAUCAGACAGGUGUGCCUGUUUGAUUUGUUUGACAUGUUAGCUGUUGUCCUCAUGACAAAUGACUUUAAAAAAAAAACAAAUGUGUGCUGAUCAAGCCAACCAACAGACAAUCCAGUUUAACCAGUUUGUUUGAUGAUCUGGUUUUCAGGAGAUACUGGUUCUGGACUGAGGUCAUGGGUCAGAGAAGUUCUGGUUCCUGAUCUGGUUUUUAGUCACAUCCAAGUGAUUUACCCUACAGCCCCUCCCAGGUACAGGUGUAUUUAUUCCUGAUUAUUCGUGUCAUAAUCUGAUGCUUUUAAUUACAGCCCUAUGCUGUGAAAACUGUAAAAAUCAGAAGACAAUGGUUUCAAAAUCACUUAUGUUUAUAUUUAUUAAAAAAAUUAAGGGAAAGGACAACAAAUCUUAUAUAAAAGUCAUAAAAAAUAGUGUUAUUUGAUAAAAAGCUUCUGAUCAUUUUAAUUAAAUGGAGGUAGGGUGGCACAAUUUUGGCUGAAAAUAAAAUCCUGAUUUUUUCUCUCUGAAAACUCAAAUUUUGAUUUUGAUUUUUUAUUCAAUGACAACUUCACCAAACUUCCCUCUAACAAUAAGUUUUUCUAUCAUCUCUAAAUACGAAACCACCAAAAAUGAUGUAGUGCAUAUCCCAAGCCAGUAAGUAGCGCUGUAAAGCUGCCGAGGAUCUGCGCCAAGGACAGAGGAAGAGUACGGAGCAUGCGUAUAUAGGUUGUUUUGACCGAACACGUGCAGGCGCCAUAAAAGAGUUAUACUGUGUGUGACAAAACCGCUUCAAGAGAGAUGCAGAUAGACAUCCACACAGAGAUGAAAUGGUAGUCGUUUACAGAUUUAUGCUCUCUCUGACCCAUUUACAAAAAGUACCGUUUACAGUCACCCGAAACAAAGUUUCUGUGUGGAUGAAAUGCUGAUAUGACAAAAACUUUUGUGUUCGAUUUGAUGAUUUUAAUAUUUUUAGCCUCUUCAUAAUCAAAUAAUUCACUUACAAUUUUAAUUAGUUUAAUCGUGCAGCCCUAAACAGAGGUGAUGUAGCCUAUUUGUAAAAAGUGGUAAAAGGAACAACCAAACAGGUAAAAUGUUAUAGAGGAACAACCAAACAGGCAAACAGUUGUCAAAAAAACAACCAAACAGGCAAACAGUUUUAGAAAAAAAAAAAAAUACCAAACAGGUAAGAAGUUGUGCAAUGUUCAUAACCACUGGACAUCUCAAACUAUCGAGGGGAGUUUUCUACAGGUUAGUAACUUGACUGGGUAUAAAAAUGACAUUCAGAGAGGCUGAGUCUCUCGGAGGGAAAGAUGGGAGGAGAUUCACUACUCUCUGAGAGACUGUGUGAGCUAAUAGUUCAACAGUUUCAGAAAAAAGUUUCUGCGUGUCAAAUGUUAAAGAAUGAGUAGAUUUAAUUAUUUAUAGUACAUAGGAUCAUUAAAAGAUUGAAAUGGGACAAGGACCAAAACUAUGACUGGAUGGACCUGAUCUUCAGGCCCUCAGGCUGCACUGCAUUGAAAACAAACAGGAAUCUGUCGUGGAAAUCGCUGCAUGGGCUCAAAUUUACUUUAAAAAACUAUCAUCUGUGAACACAGUACAUCACUGCAUCCAGAAAUGAGGUUAAAACUGAACCACGCAAAGAGGAAACUAGAUCCAAACGUGAUCCAAAACACCAGAGACCUCUCUGGGCCUGAGCCCAUUUAAGGUGGACCGCGGGAAUGAAAAAAUCUGUCCCAUGGGCUGAUGAAUCAAAGUGUGACAUUCUUUUCAGGACACACAAUGAGAACAUGAACCUUGAGCUACUUUUUAGAAACAUGUUGCUGACAUCAAACUUAAAAUGAGCAGAGAUUUUUCUUACAACAACAUUUUCAGUGCCAACACUUGAUGUGCUGUCUAUUCACCGUAAAUUAGAUUUAAACGAAUAUAGGCUUUAAUGAUUUACAAACCAUCAGAUUCUGUUAAUCAACUGCUGUUGCUUUGAUUCUAAUGCCUUUAUUACAGGGUUGUAUUUUAGAGUUUACUUUAUGUGUCAAAUAAAUAUUCAUGUAUUUAUGUUUGAUUGAUGUAAUUGAUGUAGGAAUUGCAUAUUUAAAUACAGUAUUUUGACUUGUGAAGUCAAUAAAAGUUAGGAAGCACAUUUUACCUGAACAGGUUUGAAUUGACCCUGUGUCAUGUGUGACCUCUGACCUUCUUUAGGCCAUACACUCCCAUGAGAGGGGCUCUGUCUAACGUUUGGUUCGACCGACGCAAGAUCUCGCCUGACUGUCCUGAGCACCUUGAGUCCAUUGAUCACAUGUGUGAGACGUUAGGGUCCCUGAUUCAAGACCAAGUCCAAGCUGGAAUCCCCAAACACCGGAUCGUCAUUGGUAUUGUUUUAUAUCACUAUUAGAUGAAAACAGAAUUUUCCAACUCUCAUCACCUGACAAAACCUGAUUACACCUGGAAACCCCUGAUAACACCUAAUUACACUUUAUUUCACCUGACAAUACCUGACAAGGCCUUCAAAACAUGAUUACACCUAAGUUAAUGAUAACAUCUGAUGACACUUAAUUACAGUCGACAAUUCUUGAUUACACCUGAUUAUACCUAUUUACAGUAGAGAAACUGAUUACACUUGAUAAAACUUGAAUAGACUUGAUCACAUCAGAUUAUACUUGAAAACACCUGGACACACUUAAAUACACUUAAUUUCAACUGAUAACACUUUGAUUACACCAAAUUACACUUAAAUUACACUGAAAUAUACUCGAUUAUACCAGAUAAUACCUGAUUACAUGUGAUUACGCCUUAUCACCCUGAUUAUACCCGAAUACACCUGAUUACACUGGAAUAAACCUGAGUACGCUCAAAUAAACCUGAUUACACUUGAAUACACCUAAAAACACCUUAUAAUACUUAAAAACACUUGAUUAUGCCUGAUAACACCUGAUUACACCCAAAUCCCAGAUACACAUGAUUACACUCAAAUUAACGUAAUUAUGCUUGAUUACACCUGACAAUACCUGACUUUACCUUCAACACCUUAUUAGGCCUGGAAACACCCGAUUUCACAUGAAUGUACCUGAUUUUAACAAAGAUAUCAGCAGGGUGUUGCUCUUUCUGCAGUAAAAAGAGGGAAUGAAUCAGUCUGUACUACUUUACUACUUUUCUGAUCUACAACUAUACAGUGAGCUGCUGUGUGUGUGUGUGUGUGUGUGUUUGUGUGUGUCUGUUCAUGCUAACCUUUAAUAAAAGUUUUAUUAGUUUCUCUCUCAGGAUUUAACUGUCAGCUUUAUGACUUUUAAUGCAUUAUCUCUACACACACUCUCUCUCUGUCUGUCCCUGCUCCCCCUCUCCGCCCCCUCUCUCUCCGUCUGUUUCAUGUUUUGCCAGCAGACAGUAAAAUGGUUUUCAGGAGUUUCUCUAAAAGCUUUUCGUCACAAACGUUUUACUAAUAAAGAUCAAAUAAAAACUGAACUCGCUUACAUUAAGACUGUAAACAAACAUUUAAAUAUUUUGAAUAUCCAAAAACAAUGAAUAAUGCAAACAGUGUCAACAUUCAAAUCUGAGAUUUUUUUUAAAGGGACAAUAUGUAUUAAUGAACAUUAAUGUCAACAUUAUGUCAAUGUCAAGUUUAUUUGUAUAGCACAUUUAAACAGCCAGUGGCCUACCAAAGUGCUUUACAAUAACGAAGCAGUAGCAAAAAAAGCAGGUCAUACACAGCAAACAGCAACAACAAAAGACAUGUAACAUAUAAAUGUAAAUGUAAACAAAAAUAAAUAUAAAUAUAACCAAUACAAGUAUCAUACUCCGUCAAAAGCUAAGGUGAACAAGUGCAUUUAUAUGUAAAUCCAUGACUUACAUGUGGCUAAUCUGGUCAAGUAAUACACUUUUUUUAAACAUCAGAUCUUAUAAACUUUACAAACUGUUAAAACAUUAACCUACUUCAGUAUUCGAGACAUGAACACAAAAUAAAUAUUUGAUACUUCAUAAACAUAAAAACAAAAACAUUAUCAGAGUAACAUUUAUACCAAUUACAAUCAGACUUUAUUUAAAAAGCACUUUUCAUUCAAAAAGAAAUGCAGCACAAAGUGCUUUACAUGUUAAAAACAACCCCCUCCCCCAUAUCAUCCCCCCACCCCCUGCCCCCCCGAUAUAUAAACAAAUAUAUAAGAUAUUUAAAUAAAAUGAAAUAAGAUAAAACUAUAGAUAAAGAUAUACACUCAUAAAUCAUCAACCAAUAAAGAUUUAAUUAAUUGUCUACAACCGUAAUGAAACACUCAUUUGCCCCACAAUGAAUCGUUUUAAAGAUCUCAAACAUUGUUACCAUAGUUUUGGUCUUAGCCUGUUAAGACAUCUUGACAUUUUUUUAAAAUACUUGAUUUUAAAACUUAAUGAAAUCAAACAAAACAUUACACCUGAGCAUGAGAAACUGCUGAGAGAGAGAGAGAGGAAGGAGUUAAAGUGUACAGAGACUGUGUGUGUGUGUGUGUGUGUGUGUGUGUGUGUGUGUGUGUGUGUGUGUGUGUGUGUGUGUGUGUGUGUGUGUGUGUGUGUGUGUCUGGAGAAAGUGAGUACAAAAACACAUGCUCCUGGGAAAGUGCUGAAAUAUUAUCUCACUAAAUCAUAACAUUUGGUCAUUAACUAUAAAUACUCUGUGCAGUCAGUCUGCAGCACCGUGUACCCACAAUGCACCUCAGCAGCACCACAAGUUUCCAUGGAAGGGUUUAAAGGUUUUAGGAGGGCGGCUGGUGUUUCAGUCACAGCAAGGAAACUCUGUGACGCCUGCAGGUCAGCGAGAUGAAUGCUGCAGCUCAUGCUGACAACAUGGAAAGUCAAAAAAUUAUAUUAUCAUCAUCAUUAUUAUUGUAUUUAUCAUUAUUAUUUUUUAACACAGGAAAAAAAAUAAAUAAAUCUUCUUUAAAAUCCUUCAAAUCUUCAUGUUAUUUUUCCUACUUACACAGAAGACCUACCAAAGAAUAUUCCCCAUUUAAAUACAUCUUUAGAUUAAAAAACAAACAAAAAAGAGGUUAGGUUGUUAAAAUUCACUACUCACAACCUACCUGAGCUACAGUUUAGUUUAACUCUGGGUAAGUUAAACCUUGAGUGAGUCAAACUCAGUGUAAGAAUAUGUAUAUAUUUUGGCAGCAUGGACCUGUAGAUUUUCAAGAGAUGAAGCAGCAAAACAAACUAACCAAUAAAAGAAUAAUGUAUUUGGUCAUCUGGUUCUAGCAAACGUAAACUACAUGUAAGGCCUCAGGUGAUAUGAUCAAGUGUACAUGAAGGGAAUAUAGGGAGAGAUAGAGACAAAGGAGCGAGAGGAGGAGAUAAUAAAGAAGACAGAGGAGGAGAUAAUGAAGGAGAAAGGGAAGGGGAUAAUAAUGGAGGCAACGGAGAUAAUAGAGGAGUCAGAGGAGGAGAUAAUUAAGACGAGAUGAUAUAGGAGUCGGAGAAGAUAAUAUAGAAGAAAGGAUGAGACAAUGAAGGAACAAAGGAGGAGAUAACAGGAGGAGAUAGUAGCAGAUUUAGGCUACAGGGAAGGAGAUAAUGGAGAAAACAGGAGGAGAUAAUGGAGGAAACAGAGUAGGAGAUAGUGGGGAAAAGAGGAGGAGAUAACAGAAGGAGAAACAGCAGGAGGAGAUAAUGGAAAAAACAGAAGAGGUGACAGGAAAGAAGUUUAUGGAGAAAACAGAGGAGACGAUAAUAGAGAGAAAACAGAAGGAGAUAAUGGAGGAAACAGAAGAGAAGAUAAUGGAGGAAACAGAAGAGGUGAUAAGAAAGAAGAUAAUGGAGGAAACAGAGGAGGAGGUAAUGGGGGAACAGAGGAGAAGAUGAAGGAGGAAACCGAGAAGGAAAUAAUGGAGGAAACAGAGAAGGAGAUAAUGGAGGAAACAGAGGGCGUGACAGGGAAGGAGAUAAUGGAGAAAAAAGGAGGAGAUAAUGGAGGAAACAGAAAAGGAGUAAAUGAGGGGAACGGAGAAGGAGGUAAUGGCGGAGACAGAGAAGGAGAUAACAGAGGAAACAAAAGAGGUGACAGGAAAUUAGUUAAAGGAGAGAACAGGAGGAGAUAAUGGAGGGAACAGAGGAGGUGACAAAAAGAGGAGGAGAGAAUGGAGGAAACAAAGAAUGUGACAGGGAAGGAGAUCAUGGAGAGAACAGAGGAGGAGUUAAUAGAGGAGAGAGAGGGGGUGACAUGAAAGAAGAUCACUGAGAAAACAGGAGAUAAUGGAGGAAACAGGGGGAGAUAAUGGGGGAACAGAGGAGGAGAUACUGGAGGAGACAGAGGAGGUGACAAAGGAGGAAACAGGAGGUAACAGGGAAGGAGAUAAUGGAAGAAACUGAAGAGGAGAUUUUGGAGGAAACAGAGAAGGAGAUAAUGGAGCAAACAGGGGUGGUGACAGAGGAGGAGAUAGUAGAGGAGACAGAGGAUGACAUAAUGGAGGAGACAGAGGAGGUGACAGGGAAGGAGAUAACAGAGGAGAGAGAAGAGAACAGAGGAGGAGAUAAAAUAAUAAACUGCUGGUGUCUUUGUGCAGGACUGAUGUUAAAAACUUGUUAAAUCUAGGAAUGAUAAAGCUGCUCUGGGGACCGCUCCCAGCUGAGUCUGAUGUUUUAUUGUUGUUAAGGUUUUGUCAAACUUUAAACUUAUGCUCAUGCAGAAGUACAGAAAUACCUGAGCCUGUGGUCUAAGCUGUCUGUUCGACAGACAGGUUUGAAGUAGGCUGAAAGGGACAGUCAGACCUCUUCAGAAACCAAGACCAGACAACAAAUCCAACACAACACUACAACUCUUCCUCUGUUCUUCUUCUUUAGCAGAUUACAUUUAUAUGUUUCACUUCUUUUGUUUGUUUUUAUCUCUUUUUCCCUCUCGUCUUUUGAUUUCCUUACUUCUUUCCCUCCCUCUCUCCUACCCUGCCUCCUGUUCUCCCCCUUGUCUAUUUUUCCUCUUCCCUGGCAGUCCCCCCCCCCCCCCCCUUUCUCUGACAGGAUGAUGGGUAUGUGCACACAGUGUGCCCAGAUGUACCCAGAUGUGUGAGAUUAAGCCCCAGAUUUAUUCCAGCUUUUAGAAACAGCUGAUGAUGUGGAACGGAGACUCUCUGCACUCCAGAGCUUUCCACCUCAGACUCGGCAAGCAGUUGAAAUUCAGAGUUAACAUUUUUAUUGUGUUCCUGUUUGACCCCUUAACAAUCAUCUGCUCCUGUCCCUGUGUUGUGCAGGUGGGUUUUCAAUGGGUGGGGCCAUGGCUCUACACCUGGUGUGUCGGCACCAUCCUGAUGUGGGCGGGGUUUUUGCUCUGUCAAGUUUCCUCAACAGAGACUCUGUAGCAUUUCAGGUAAAUAGGCUGAUUUCUGACCAAUUAGCAGCAGGUAGAAAUGAAAAAACAGACGUUACUCUGUGUUUGUCUCAGUAUUGAUCACCUCAUUAAAGCUGAUAUUGAUUCUGGAGGUCAAAGGUCAGGAAAUGUCUUUAAUAUACAAAUUCUUACAUACAUUUUUAAACUAAACAAAGAAAUUAUCGAUAUUUCAUAGACCUGCAUAACAAACAGAUCAGUCAUAGAGCCAAAUCCAUCCAGCCAGCAUAUCAUUGAUCAGUAUUGAUCAAAUUUAGUCUCUUUGAUCAGUAUUGAUCAGCCUCUGUAUUGUUUAGUAUUGGUCAGAUGUGUGAUGUCUGUGGGUCUUGAAGGCUGUGGAGGAGCGUCAGCAGGCAGGCCUCCCCCUCCCCCGUCUGUUCCAGUGUCAUGGCGACAGUGAUGAACUCGUUCUUCAUCGCUGGGGGGCAGAGACGUCUGAGCGGCUGAUGAAGAGUGGCUUGUCUUCCUCCUUUCAUACAUUCUCAGGUCUAAACCACCAACUGAAUCGGCCAGAACUCGAGCUCCUGAGAGAGUGGAUCCUCACCCAACUCCCCCCAGAAACCUCCACCCCCUCAUCAUGA